CAUUACGUCAACGUGUUUCGCCGAGCGAGGUUCCAGCAUCCACUGGCACUGCUAUCCAAGCCCAACAAAUUUAUUGUAUUCUGCGAUCUUAAAGUGAUUACAUACUAAGUCUUUAUUAUAGUCGCAAUAUUUUUGUAUUCUCACGCUAAAGAUUGUAUUUGAUCUAAUACGAUCACCAAUCAUACAUUGAUCACCUGCUGUGCUGGACAAUUCAGCUUUUACAUACUUCUUCCUUUGGCCACGGAUAUCAAUUUACACGUACAUAUCAACGGGCCACACCCACAGCAGGGAAACGGUCACAGCAACUGUCCUUCUUGGCUGACCAUCACAGAAAAGUGAAGGUCGCCUGUGGACACUGGUGUUUCCUUUUUUGAGUUUUUCAGAAAGGAUGUCUAAAGUUGAAAUUGAUCUUUCCUGGAAACGAUCACUUCAUCUGUACUUCGAUUUCAGACAGACUCAAGCACAGACAUAGUCCUCUUGGAAAGAGAGUGUGCGUGCGUGUGUGUGAGUUCACCAAAGCGUGAUGGAGCCUACAACAGAGGAAGUGGUAGCGGUGCCUCAUCACUUGCUCGAUAAGAUUGUAGGAGAGAAUGGUGCUGGACUCGAAAGGGUCUCGCGGAACUCUGGGUCAAAGGUCGUCUUGGAGUCUUCCAUGGACGUGAAAGGCAAGCAGAGCUAUCUGGUUAUCUCUGGUCAUAGGCGGCAGAUCAACUUAGCAAAGAAAUUGCUGAACGAUUCCUUGAUGGAAGACAGAGCCUCCCCAGUCAGAUCGGACCAGAGAUCAGGCUCGACCUCGCCCCUACCUUCAAAGCUCACCCCGUGGCGAGCUAGCAAGGAAGAUAUCCCAGCGGCCGUUGAGAGCACAUCAAGUGCUCGGGAAGAAGGAGCGUCGAACGAAGCUGUUAACAGAAGGCGAAAGAUGAGGCUGUCCUCUCAUCAAGAGAGACAAGAAAGUAUAACCCAAGUGUUGCAAGCAGAGUUCAUGCACAAAUCUCCUUCUCCUGACCCGCCGUCGGAGUUACCCAAGGAAGAUGAAGAAUGGACCAACGAAUACAGCUGGGCAUGGGCCUACAACAAAGAUCCAUACGGUAAAGAAGUAGUAGAAGAAGAAGAAGACAAGGAACAUUUGAAGCAGUGGAUGAGUGACAUCAUUCAUUCUCCUAUCUCAGAAAAAAUCUUGAAAGAAGAGAUGUCCACCUCAGCAGUUGCUGCAAGAAUAGAAGAAAUGGUUCGCAUGGAAGAUGGGGACUCUAUAGAUGUUCAAAUAGAAUCUCAUUACACUGACGCAAGAGUUGAUACGGACGGUUCAUGCAAUGUUAUUUCGAAACAUGACCAGUCACUAGUUCAACUACCCCCUAUUGACAGUGUUGCUAGCACCGAGAGAGCCGAGUCUGAUGAAGACCAGACUUCAGAGCUCUCCGCCAUGAGCGAGUCUCUGACCGACUCGGGACUGAAGCACCACCUUGAAUCAAAUGCUUACACAAGUGUCAAGAAGAAAAAGCGUGGCAGUGCUUAUGAUAGUCUUAGAGACCAAGGAUACCACACCGACCACUACUAUGCAAUGUCUCCGGAACGAGGCGAGGGCGCCUCUAUUCUUCUUUCUCCCAGCUGUGAUACAGACGUGUCUGCCAGCGACGACACGGGGAUGUAUGCGUCCACCUCAGAUUCCGAAGCAUUCCAUAGCUCGGACGCACUCUCUUCUUCGGAGACCAUGUCCGUUGAGGAGGAUGCAGAGAACACAGACGAUGGUGGUGACAGUGAUCACUACAUUGAGGUCCUGGACAACAGAAAGAAGUCACGUCCCAUACCAAUGAAGCCCAUUCCAGAUUCAGAGUACGACAAUGAAACUCCCAAAUAUGGAACUCCCGUCAAUAAAUCGGCUGAUAGUUUCCAGAACUACGAGCCACCCGAUGUGGGAAAACUUGAUUUCCCUGAAAAUGUGGACAACAAUCAGCAUUACGACGAAAAUAUGUACAACAAUAUGCAAUCUUUAGCUGCUGCUUCCGCACUAAGUUCUUCCGUCGAUGACCUGGCUAUGUAUCCGCAAGCUCAGGUACGAUCCACCGAGCGCUCACUUAGCACGUCGGUUGACGAUCUUACCAAGCUACCUGCUGAUCCUGACAGCCCGUUCCGUCUUCGAUAUAGGGGAGGAAAACCACGAUCUUCCAGGUACCAUUCGGACCCAGACUCAACCAAAAAUUACUUUGAAGAGUUUGAACACAGUCGCGACAUCCACGGCGAGUACAGCUCUUCGGUUGAUGACAUAACAAUUGACCCACCUCCCAUCAGUAUUAGCUGCUCAGAUGACGACUUUGUCAAGUCAUGUUCGAGACAGUACGCGGUGUACACCAGACAAAUUGACCUCAGCAAAUUCAGCAGUUCUGUAGAUAAUAUGACCACUCACGCGGAGGAGCGCAUCGCAGCCCAAGGACCAAACGUUCAGCUAACUGGCCCGUUCUCAUUGUACGGGCAGAACAAAAUCAGUUCUCCUGUAGACAAAAGUAGUUCCAUUGACGAGGACCUAGCAUCACUGUCUCCACCACCAUACGAUAGCGCUAGUCAAGUACAAGAAGCUUAUAGUGUAAGAAAGUUCCCUGAAGCUUCUGAAUCGAUUCUGGAAACCUCAUUGGACACUGAUCUAGACAGAGAAACCCAAGCUUACUAUGGGAGAUAUCAAUAUUCCAAAGAAGACAUUACCGACUAUGACCAUGAACACAAAUUAGAGAUUCAAAUGAACCAAGCCAUUCAGUUAACUCAGGUAACUAGCCAAGAUCUGGCUAAUUAUUUGCUCGAACAAGAUAAGUCUUUCCUACUAAAUAAAGUGCCUUCAUCGAUGUUUCCAUCAGAUGGAUCAUCAUGUGAUCAAGCUUUUCCAUUAGCCUUACAGUCUUUCCGAAGCCUUCAGGAAAGUCACGUACACACACAAGAUUCACCUGCAUCAAUUACAUUCCAUGGAACAACCUCAUGUUUGACUGGUGUAGAAGAAACUCAGUCAAACGAUGGUUAUCUCAAUAACGAAAACAUACUUUCUCAAAAUUCAACAAAUACUACUGACCAAAACGUAUCUUCCCAAUCAGAAAUAUUAACAACUAAAACAUUUUCCUUAGAGACACUUGCUAGUCAGGAAGUCACAUUCCACAGUGAAGCAAGUCACUCAGAAGAAGAAACCAAGAACUCUAGCAAUACACUCCAAAGCCCAGUCUUCCUUGACCAACAUACACCAUCAACCAUCAUCCCAUCCCCCAUUGCACAGAUAAACGUGAAUGAACAAUUUAUUGAUACUGACAUUUCUCAUUUAAAAACAUCGUCUUCAAAAAUUGAAUGCAUAUCAGAAAAACAACCAUUCUACAAUAAAGACUUGAAGUCCCCCACAUACAUAGAUCCUGUAGACACAGAAAUUGUUAAAAUUCAUAAUCCAAAAGCAUCUGAUAGUUUAGAAAUUCAAGAACUACAUACAUCUGAAGCAUUCAUAGCAAAAACGUGUGAAUCUUCUCAUUCAGAAUCGGAAGAACAGACACUACUACUUCCAAAAAAGCAUCCCAUUUCUGAGCUGCCACAAGCCAAUAGCGAAGAGAUCUCUCAAAACGAUGCUGGCAGCCAAACAUUUUCACGUGCUUUUAAUUUAGAAACCAAACCAACAUCCUCGAUGACAACAGAGAAACCAAUAUAUCCUCAGGAGAUUGAAGAGUUAAUAAAUGAUAUGGAUGAAGAACUUGCUUCUGCCCUGUCAACAGAUUCUUUCUUUGAUCUGGAAAGCUCAGCAUCAACGUGCAGUAGCAUUGUUACUGUAAUAAGCCAGCAGUUAUCUGACAAAGCUACAACACAAGACGAGAACGAGCCACCUAGGAUAGUCACUUUUAAUGAAAAAACCAUCGUGGGAUUUCAAGUAGAAGAAUCUGAAUUGACAAACACAUUAAAGGGAGAUACAAAUACAGUACAUAGUUGUAAAGAAUUGACUGAUACAUUAGAGUCAAAUAACACAGACUCAAGUGUACAUGAAAGCACACAAAAAACAAAACUGGACCAAGAAUAUGACUUUACACGAAAUGAGGGUGCGCAAGAAAUUUAUUCAAAAGCUGUUACAGACAAUAAUCUUCAAGAUAACUGUGUUCAGACAAUUGAAAUACAAAGCACAAAAACAUCUCAAUUAAAUUUAAACAAAAAUGAAGAUCUCAAGGAGCAUUCAUAUAAUAAGGAGAUAAAUACAGAGACAUUAUGCCGUUACGAUGAUAACCCAGUAGAACAUCUGCUGUCAGUAACAAGAGGAUACGAAAACAGAGAAGAUGAAACAAGAAAAAAAAUACCACAGCAACAUUUGGUUAUUCAUCUAAUUUUAGACCUUAAAAGAGCACCACAAAUACAAUUUUCAAACGACCUAACCAAAGUUUCAGUCUUGCUAACUGCAGAAGAAAGACCUGAAAUGUUUACCAAAACAAUAGCGCUUUUAGCAAAACUUAAUAAUAUUCGACACAAUGUAUCAACUGAGUCCAAAACUAGAAUACUACCACCAAGGGCGGUGGCUACAAUUACAUACAAUACAGAUUUAAUGAAAGAAAAAUGUGAAAAAUUGGUAAAUAAAGUUUUACUUACAAACUAUAUAAAUGAGGAUAUACUAUUGAAACAGAAAGAAGAUAAAAGACAAGAAACGGUAAUUUUUACCAACCUUGAUAGAUAUAAAGCACAGGAUGUGCUAUUGAAAGAGAAAACUGAACAGGUUGAAAAGCAAGCAAAAGAUUUUGAAGUAGAAGAACAAGGCAUGCCUAUUACUGAGCAACAGGUUCUGGUGUCAGAAGAAGAAACAGAUGUUGCAACAACACAAGAACUAGAAACAAUAUUUACUACCAACCUUAAGAGAUCUGUAAUUGAAGAAGACUCUUCUGCCAUCGAAGACAGUAAAGAAACUGCAGAGGAGAAAUUCCAAGAAACUGAGGUUUUACAAACAGAGUUAGCUCAAGAUAAACUUUCAUACGAAGAUGAUGUUGAAACUGAAAAGGCAGCUGAUGAAAGUACUGCUCUUUCAGACAUUACCCUGUUGCAACAAGUACAAUAUAAAGAGCAAGAUAUACACGUGCUUACAGAUGACCAACAAAUUACACAGGAUGUGCUAUUGGAAGAGAAAACUGAACAGGUUGAAAACCAAGCAACAGAUUUUGAAGUAAAAGAACAUGAUUAUGUUUUACAAACUGAAACAACACCAUCUGAAGAAGAAAAAGAUAUUUCAUUUGUUGAAAGUGAAGAAACUCAGGAAGAUGACAGACUAGACUUGUCUAUAUCUGAGCAACAAGUUCUGGUGUCACAAGAGAAAACAGAUGUUGCUACAACACAAGAACUAGAAACAGUAAUUACUACCGACCUUGAUAGAUCUGAAACUGAAGAAGACUCUUCUGCCAUCGAAGACAGUAAAGAAACUGCAGAGGAGGAAUUCCAAGAAACUGAGGUUUCACAAACAGAGUUAGCUCAAGAUGAACUUUCAUUCGAAGAUGAUGUUAAAACUGAAAAGGCAGCUGAUGAAAGUACUUCUCUUUCAGACAUCACCCUGUUGCAACAAGUACAAUAUAAAGAGCAAGAUAUACACGUGCUUACAGAUGACAAACAAAUUACACAGGAUGUGCUAUUGGAAGAGAAAAUUGAACAGGAUGAAAAGCAUACAACAGAUUUUGAAGAAGAAGAGCAUGAUUAUGUUUUACAAACUGAAACAACACCAUCUGAAGAAGAAAAAGAUAUUUCGUUUGUUGAAAGUGAAGAAACUCAGGAAGAUGACAGACUAGACUUGCCUAUAUCUGAGCAACAAGUUCUGGUGUCAGAAGAGGAAACAGAUGUUGCUACAACACAAGAACAAGAAACAGUAAUUACUACCGACCUUGAUAGAUCUGAAACUGAAGAAGACUCUUCUGCCAUCGAAGACAGUAAAGAAACUGCAGAGGAGAAAUUCCAAGAAACUGAGGUUUCGCAAACAGAGUUAGCUCAAGAUGAACUUUCAUUCGAAGAUGAUGUUGAAACUGAAAAGGCAGCUGAUGAAAGUACUGCUCUUUCAGACAAUACCCUGUUGCAACUAGCACAAUAUAAAGGGCAAGAAAUAUACGUGCUUACAGAUGACAAACAAAUUACACAGGAUGUGCUAUUGGAAGAGAAAAUUGAACAGGAUGAAAAGCAUACAACAGAUUUUGAAGUAAAAGAACAUGACUAUGUUUUACAAACUGAAACAACACCAUCUGAAGAAGAAAAAGAUAUUUCAUUUGUUGAAAGUGAAGAAACUCAAGAAGAUGACAGACUAGACUUGUCUAUAUCUGAGCAACAAGUUCUGGUGUCACAAGAGAAAACAGAUGUUGCUACAACACAAGAACAAGAAACAGUAAUUACUACCGACCUUGAUAGAUCUGAAACUGAAGAAGACUCUUCUGCCGUCGAAGACAAUAAAGAAUUUGCAGAGGAGGAAUUCCAAGAAACUGAGGUUUCACAAACAGAGUUAGCUCAAGAUGAACUUUCAUUCGAAGAUGAUGUUGAAACUGAAAAGGCAGCUGAUGAAAGUACUGCUCUUUCAGACAUUACCCUGUUGCAACUAGCACAAUAUAAAGGGCAAGAAAUAUACGUGCUUACAGAUGACAAACAAAUUACACAGGAUGUGCUAUUGGAAGAGAAAAUUGAACAGGAUGAAAAGCAUACAACAGAUUUUGAAGAAGAAGAACAUGAUUAUGUUUUACAAACUGAAACAACACCAUCUGAAGAAGAAAAAGAUAUUUCAUUUGUUGAAAGUGAAGAAACUCAAGAAGAUGACAGACUAGACUUGUCUAUAUCUGAGCAACAAGUUCUGGUGUCACAAGAGAAAACAGAUGUUGCUACAACACAAGAACAAGAAACAGUAAUUACUACCGACCUUGAUAGAUCUGAAACUGAAGAAGACUCUUCUGCCGUCGAAGACAAUAAAGAAUUUGCAGAGAAGGAAUUGCAAGAAACUGAGGUUUCGCAAAUAGAGUUAGCUCAAGAUAAACUUUCAUUCGAAGAUUAUGUUAAAACUGAAAAGGCAGCUGAUGAAAGUACUGCUCUUUCAGACAUUACCCUGUUGCAACAAGUACAAUAUAAAGAGCAAGAUAUACACGUGCUUACAGAUGACCAACAAAUUACACAGGAUGUGCUAUUGGAAGAGAAAAUUGAACAGGAUGAAAAGCAUACAACAGAUUUUGAAGAAGAAGAACAUGAUUAUGUUUUACAAACUGAAACAACACCAUCUGAAGAAGAAAAAGAUAUUUCAUUUGCUGAAAGUGAAGAAACUCAGGAAGAUGACAGACUAGACUUGUCUAUAUCUGAGCAACAAGUUCUGGUGUCAGAAGAGGAAACAGAUGUUGCUACAAUACAAGAACUAGAAACAGUAAUUACUACCGACCUUGAUAGAUCUGAAACUGAAGAAGACUCUUCUGCCAUCGAAGACAGUAAAGAAACUGCAGAGGAGGAAUUCCAAGAAACUGAGGUUUCACAAACAGAGUUAGCUCAAGAUGAACUUUCAUUCGAAGAUGAUGUUGAAACUGAAAAGGCAGCUGAUGAAAGUACUGCUCUUUCAGACAUUACCCUGUUGCAACUAGCACAAUAUAAAGGGCAAGAAAUAUACGUGCUUACAGAUGACAAACAAAUUACACAGGAUGUGCUAUUGGAAGAGAAAAUUGAACAGGAUGAAAAGCAUACAACAGAUUUUGAAGAAGAAGAACAUGAUUAUGUUUUACAAACUGAAACAACACCAUCUGAAGAAGAAAAAGAUAUUUCAUUUGUUGAAAGUGAAGAAACUCAAGAAGAUGACAGACUAGACUUGUCUAUAUCUGAGCAACAAGUUCUGGUGUCACAAGAGAAAACAGAUGUUGCUACAACACAAGAACAAGAAACAGUAAUUACUACCGACCUUGAUAGAUCUGAAACUGAAGAAGACUCUUCUGCCGUCGAAGACAAUAAAGAAUUUGCAGAGAAGGAAUUGCAAGAAACUGAGGUUUCGCAAAUAGAGUUAGCUCAAGAUAAACUUUCAUUCGAAGAUUAUGUUAAAACUGAAAAGGCAGCUGAUGAAAGUACUGCUCUUUCAGACAUUACCCUGUUGCAACAAGUACAAUAUAAAGAGCAAGAUAUACACGUGCUUACAGAUGACCAACAAAUUACACAGGAUGUGCUAUUGGAAGAGAAAAUUGAACAGGAUGAAAAGCAUACAACAGAUUUUGAAGAAGAAGAACAUGAUUAUGUUUUACAAACUGAAACAACACCAUCUGAAGAAGAAAAAGAUAUUUCAUUUGCUGAAAGUGAAGAAACUCAGGAAGAUGACAGACUAGACUUGUCUAUAUCUGAGCAACAAGUUCUGGUGUCAGAAGAGGAAACAGAUGUUGCUACAACACAAGAACUAGAAACAGUAAUUACUACCGACCUUGAUAGAUCUGAAACUGAAGAAGACUCUUCUGCCAUCGAAGACAGUAAAGAAACUGCAGAGGAGGAAUUCCAAGAAACUGAGGUUUCACAAACAGAGUUAGCUCAAGAUGAACUUUCAUUCGAAGAUGAUGUUGAAACUGAAAAGGCAGCUGAUGAAAGUACUGCUCUUUCAGACAUUACCCUGUUGCAACAAGCACAAUAUAAAGAGCAAGAAAUAUACGUGCUUACAGAUGACAAACAAAUUACACAGGAUGUGCUAUUGGAAGAGAAAAUUGAACAGGAUGAAAACCAUACAACAGAUUUUGAAGAAGAAGAGCAUGAUUAUGUUUUACAAACUGAAACAACACCAUCUGAAGAAGAAAAAGAUAUUUCAUUUGUUGAAAGUGAAGAAACUCAGGAAGAUGACAGACUAGACUUGUCUAUAUCUGAGCAACAAGUUCUGGUGUCAGAAGAGGAAACAGAUGUUGCUACAACACAAGAACUAGAAACAGUAAUUACUACCGACCUUGAUAGAUCUGAAACUGAAGAAGACUCUUCUGCCGUCGAAGACAAUAAAGAAACUGCAGAAAAGGAAUUCCAAGAAACUGAGGUUUCGCAAACAGAGUUAGCUCAAGAUAAACUUUCAUUCGAAGAUUAUGUUGAAACUGAAAAGGCAGCUGAUGAAAGUACUGCUCUUUCAGACAUUACUUUAUUGCAACAAGUACAAUAUAAAGAGCAAGAUAUACACGUGCUUACAGAUGACCAACAAAUUACACAGGAUGUGCUAUUGGAAGAGAAAACUGAACAGGUUGAAAACCAAACAACAGAUUUUGAAGAAGAAGAGCAUGAUUAUGUUUUACAAACUGAAACAACACCAUCUGAAGAAGAAAAAGAUAUUUCAUUUGUUGAAAGUGAAGAAACUCAGGAAUAUGACAGACUAGACUUGUCUAUAUCUGAGCAACAAGUUCUGGUGUCAGAAGAGGAAACAGAUGUUGCUACAAUACAAGAACUAGAAACAGUAAUUACUACCGACCUUGAUAGAUCUGAAACUGAAGAAGACUCUUCUGCCAUCGAAGACAGUAAAGAAACUGCAGAGGAGGAAUUCCAAGAAACUGAGGUUUCACAAACAGAGUUAGCUCAAGAUGAACUUUCAUUCGAAGAUGAUGUUGAAACUGAAAAGGCAGCUGAUGAAAGUACUGCUCUUUCAGACAUUACCCUGUUGCAACUAGCACAAUAUAAAGGGCAAGAAAUAUACGUGCUUACAGAUGACAAACAAAUUACACAGGAUGUGCUAUUGGAAGAGAAAAUUGAACAGGAUGAAAAGCAUACAACAGAUUUUGAAGAAGAAGAACAUGAUUAUGUUUUACAAACUGAAACAACACCAUCUGAAGAAGAAAAAGAUAUUUCAUUUGUUGAAAGUGAAGAAACUCAAGAAGAUGACAGACUAGACUUGUCUAUAUCUGAGCAACAAGUUCUGGUGUCACAAGAGAAAACAGAUGUUGCUACAACACAAGAACAAGAAACAGUAAUUACUACCGACCUUGAUAGAUCUGAAACUGAAGAAGACUCUUCUGCCGUCGAAGACAAUAAAGAAUUUGCAGAGAAGGAAUUGCAAGAAACUGAGGUUUCGCAAAUAGAGUUAGCUCAAGAUAAACUUUCAUUCGAAGAUUAUGUUAAAACUGAAAAGGCAGCUGAUGAAAGUACUGCUCUUUCAGACAUUACCCUGUUGCAACAAGUACAAUAUAAAGAGCAAGAUAUACACGUGCUUACAGAUGACCAACAAAUUACACAGGAUGUGCUAUUGGAAGAGAAAAUUGAACAGGAUGAAAAGCAUACAACAGAUUUUGAAGAAGAAGAACAUGAUUAUGUUUUACAAACUGAAACAACACCAUCUGAAGAAGAAAAAGAUAUUUCAUUUGCUGAAAGUGAAGAAACUCAGGAAGAUGACAGACUAGACUUGUCUAUAUCUGAGCAACAAGUUCUGGUGUCAGAAGAGGAAACAGAUGUUGCUACAACACAAGAACUAGAAACAGUAAUUACUACCGACCUUGAUAGAUCUGAAACUGAAGAAGACUCUUCUGCCAUCGAAGACAGUAAAGAAACUGCAGAGGAGGAAUUCCAAGAAACUGAGGUUUCACAAACAGAGUUAGCUCAAGAUGAACUAUCAUUCGAAGAUGAUGUUGAAACUGAAAAGGCAGCUGAUGAAAGUACUGCUCUUUCAGACAUUACCCUGUUGCAACAAGCACAAUAUAAAGAGCAAGAAAUAUACGUGCUUACAGAUGACAAACAAAUUACACAGGAUGUGCUAUUGGAAGAGAAAACUGAACAGGUUGAAAACCAUACAACAGAUUUUGAAGAAGAAGAGCAUGAUUAUGUUUUACAAACUGAAACAACACCAUCUGAAGAAGAAAAAGAUAUUUCAUUUGUUGAAAGUGAAGAAACUCAGGAAGAUGACAGACUAGACUUGUCUAUAUCUGAGCAACAAGUUCUGGUGUCAGAAGAGGAAACAGAUGUUGCUACAACACAAGAACUAGAAACAGUAAUUACUACCGACCUUGAUAGAUCUGAAACUGAAGAAGACUCUUCUGCCGUCGAAGACAAUAAAGAAACUGCAGAAAAGGAAUUCCAAGAAACUGAGGUUUCGCAAACAGAGUUAGCUCAAGAUAAACUUUCAUUCGAAGAUUAUGUUGAAACUGAAAAGGCAGCUGAUGAAAGUACUGCUCUUUCAGACAUUUCUUUAUUGCAACAAGUACAAUAUAAAGAGCAAGAUAUACACGUGCUUACAGAUGACCAACAAAUUACACAGGAUGUGCUAUUGGAAGAGAAAACUGAACAGGUUGAAAACCAAACAACAGAUUUUGAAGUAAAAGAACAUGAUUAUGUUUUACAAACUGAAACAACACCAUCUGAAGAAGAAAAAGAUAUUUCAUUUGCUGAAAGUGAAGAAACUCAGGAAGAUGACAGACUAGACUUGUCUAUAUCUGAGCAACAAGUUCUGGUGUCAAAAGAGGAAACAGAUGUUGCUACAACACAAGAACUAGAAACAGUAAUUACUACCGACCUUGAUAGAUCUGAAACUGAAGAAGACUCUUCUGCCAUCGAAGACAGUAAAGAAACUGCAGAGAAAGAAUUGCAAGAAACUGAGGUUUCGCAAAUAGAGUUAGCUCAAGAUAAACUUUCAUUCGAAGAUUAUGUUGAAACUGAAAAGGCAGCUGAUGAAAGUACUGCUCUUUCAGACAUUACCCUGUUGCAACAAGUACAAUACAAAGAGCAAGAUAUACACGUGCUUACAGAUGACCAACAAAUUACACAGGAUGUGCUAUUGGAAGAGAAAACUGAACAGGUUGAAAAACAAGCAACAGAUUUUGAAGUAGAAGAACAUGAUUAUGUUUUACAAACUGAAACAACACCAUCUGAAGAAGAAAAAGAUAUUUCAUUUGCUGAAAGUGAAGAAACUCAGGAAGAUGACAGACUAGACUUGUCUAUAUCUGAGCAACAAGUUCUGGUGUCAGAAGAGGAAACAGAUGUUGCUACAACACAAGAACAAGAAACAGUAAUUACUACCGACCUUGAUAGAUCUGAAACUGAAGAAGACUCUUCUGCCAUCGAAGACAGUAAAGAAACUGCAGAGGAGGAAUUCCAAGAAACUGAGGUUUCACAAACAGAGUUAGCUCAAGAUGAACUUUCAUUCGAAGAUGAUGUUGAAACUGAAAAGGCAGCUGAUGAAAGUACUGCUCUUUCAGACAUUACCCUGUUGCAACAAGCACAAUAUAAAGGGCAAGAAAUAUACGUGCUUACAGAUGACAAACAAAUUACACAGGAUGUGCUAUUGGAAGAGAAAAUUGAACAGGAUGAAAAGCUUACAACAGAUUUUGAAGAAGAAGAACAUGAUUAUGUUUUACAAACUGAAACAACACCAUCUGAAGAAGAAAAAGAUAUUUCAUUUGUUGAAAGUGAAGAAACUCAAGAAGAUGACAGACUAGACUUGCCUAUAUCUGAGCAACAAGUUCUGGUGUCAGAAGAGGAAACAGAUGUUGCUACAACACAAGAACAAGAAACAGUAAUUACUACCGACCUUGAUAGAUCUGAAACUGAAGAAGACUCUUCUGCCAUCGAAGACAGUAAAGAAACUGCAGAGGGGGAAUUCCAAGAAACUGAGGUUUCGCAAACAGAGUUAGGUCAAGAUAAACUUUCAUUCGAAGAUGACGUUGAAACUGAAAAGGCAGCUGAUGAAAGUACUUCUCUUUCAGACAUUACCCUGUUGCAACAAGCACAAUAUAAAGAGCAAGAUAUACACGUGCUUACAGAUGACCAACAAAUUACACAGGAUGUGCUAUUGGAAGAGAAAACUGAACAAGUUGAAAAGCUUGCAAAAGAAAGCGCCGAUCUGAAGAAGUCAUUGUCAAAAGAAUGCUUUGAAUCAUCGACAUUUUUCGAUUUAGAAUUAAUAGGAGAAUCAGAUUCUUAUCCAGAUGAAUGGAUGAUUUCCUUGUUAGAGAAUAAUUCUCCAUAUAAAAGAAAAAGCUCACCCAUUUCUUUGUUGAGACAGUCAGAAUUACAGUUGGAGACAGAAAAUUUGAACAUUUCAUUUGACGACAGUGACACAUUGAUAGAAACGUCGCAAGUUUUUGAUGAGAAAAGAGACUUAGAAGAUUUUACUAAUAAGGAUGUAAAUAGAUUUUCUGAAAGUAAUUUGGUUUCUAGCUACGCAGAGAGUGUAACACACAAUAUAUUAAACAAUUUGAAUGACAGCUUUAGUACAGAGUGGCAAAAAGAAAGUAUCCAAGCAUCAUCUGAUCUUCAAGAGCUUAAAAAAUUUCAACAGGAGCAUCUUACGCUAAAUUCUGAAUCUUCACCAAAAGACUUUGUACAGAGACAUGUAAUAUCAACAUUUAAGUUUGAUACUCCUAUUGUUAAAUCUUUAGAAAUCCCGGAGAAUGAAAAAUUUGAAACAACCCUUUCUAUCACCCCUUGGAGUCCAAAUCGUGAUAGUCUUAAGACCAGUGUUUAUUUUGAAUUGGACGCCCAAGAUUCUAGCAUUAAACAUGCUGAUGUUCUUAUAGAUCAAAUGCCCAGCACUGACAAUUCAGUAACAGCAGAUGUGGACAACGCCAAAGCUACUGGAGAUAACCAAAUGAUAAUGUCAAAAAACUUCCCUGAAUAUGACACACCUCCAAACACCCCAAUAGAAACACAAACCAGUGCCACCAAUGUAUCUAAUAUUAAAGUAGAAAUCGGAAUUGCUAAACUAAGUCAAACUGAUAAAUUUAUCAACAAAAACAUUGAGGAGAUUAGAAAAGACAAAGGAAGUGUGAUGCCUACUAAUAUGCCUGAUGAUUUCAUGGAGGAAUACGAAGAAACCCUAGAGUUCUUGGAACAAUUAGAUUUUAACAAAAUAGUCAACGUAAAAGAGUUUAUGGUAACUGCUUCUGAUGAUAUAGACACUAUAAUCCAUUGCACAGAUACACCUGAUAUUAUUAACAGACCUUCUAGCCCUGAAGCUUUUGAAGACGAUUGGAUAAAACCAAUAUUAUUGGCAAAUUUUGAAGACACUCAUGACACCCAUGACAUAUUUUACAGCAAUCCAAAUUUUAAAGAUAGCUUUCAUGAUAUUCAUGAGAUCGAGUUUGGAGAUGAAUUUUUCUACACAAAUUCGGAGAAAGAAAAAAGCAUACAAAGUGAUGAUAUGAUCAUGGAAGAAUUUUACGAAGAUGAUUUUGAAAUUGAAGAUGAAAAAUCAGGUGAAUAUAUCACAGCAGAAAAUACAAUACUUAGCGAUACUUAUAAACAAAGCUUAACAGAAACUGAUAGAGAAAAUGAAAAAUUCAAUGACAAUAAUGAUGAAUAUACUCAAGACACAUUUGUUUAUGAUGGUUUCAUUGAAGAACAAAUUGCACCACAAGUCUUGAAUGAUUCCGAAGAUGAACAAGAAUCUGUUAGUACUUCUGGUGAAAACAUCUUUACACAAGAUAACUUGGAUACAGAAGUCUCUGAAGAAAUUGCUCCAGACACAUUUGUUCAGGAAGGUUUCGCUACUGAGUCAGAUACAGUUGAGACCCAUAUUUAUGACCAUGAAAAUGACAAUGUGUUGGUCAGACCUUCCAGUCCUGAAGCUUUUGAUGAUGAAUGGAUCAAACCAAUUCUACAACAAAAUGUUGCGUCCUCUCAGCCCACAGAAAGCCUACCAGAAUUCAACAAAAGCUUUGCAGAAGACAAUGAUGUUGAGCUGGGCUCUGAAAUUGAAGUCUCUUUUGAGCAACAAGAAAUCUUGCCUAAGGAAUCUCAAUACGAAGAAGAAAGUACUUCUGAAGAAAGAAAAGACGCAGAUGACGAACAUACAGACACAGUUGAAAACAUUGAAGAACAAAUUGCACCACAAGUCUUGAGUGAUUUUGAAGAUGAACAAGAAUCUGUUAGUACUUCUGGUGAAAAUAUCUUGACACAAGAUAACUUGGAAACAGAAGCCUCUGAAGAAAUUGCUCCAGACACAUUUGUUCAGGAAGGUUUCGCUACUGAGUCAGAUACAGUUGAGACCCAUAUUUAUGACCAUGAAAAUGACAAUGUGUUGGUCAGACCUUCCAGUCCUGAAGCUUUUGAUGAUGAAUGGAUCAAACCAAUUCUACAACAAAAUGUUGCGUCCUCUCAGCCCACAGAAAGCCUACCAGAAUUCAACGAAAGCUUUGCAGAAGACAAUGAUGUUGAGCUGGGCUCUGAAAUUGAAGUCUCUUUUGAGCAACAAGAAAUCUUGCCUAAGGAAUCUCAAUACAAAGAAGAAAGUACUUCUGAAGAAAGAAAAGACGCAGUAGACGAACACACAGACACAGUUGAAAACAUUGAAGAACAAAUUGCACAACAAGUCUUGAGUGAUUUUGAAGAUGAACAAGAAUCUGUUAGUACUUCUGGUGAAAACAUCUUGACACAAGAUAACUUGGAAACAAAAUUCUCUGAAGAAAUUGCUCCAGACACAUUUGUUCAGGAAGGUUUCGCUACUGAGUCAGAUACAGUUGAGACCCAUAUUUAUGACCAUGAAAAUGACAAUGUGUUGGUCAGACCUUCCAGUCCUGAAGCUUUUGAUGAUGAAUGGAUCAAACCAAUUCCACAACAAAAUGUUGCCUCCUUUCAGCCCACAGAAAGCCUACCAGAAUUCAACGAAAGCUUUGCAGAAGACAAUGAUGUUGAGCUGGGCUCUGAAAUUGAAGUCUCUUUUGAGCAACAAGAAAUCUUGCCUAAGGAAUCUCAAUACAAAGAAGAAAGUACUUCUGAAGAAAGAAAAGACGCAGUAGACGAACAUACAGACACAGUUGAAAACAUUGAAGAACAAAAUGCACCACAAGUCUUGAGUGAUUUUGAAGAUGAACAAGAAUCUGUUAGUACUUCUGGUGAAAAUAUCUUGACACAAGAUAACUUGGAAACAGAAUUCUCUGAAGAAAUUGCUCCAGACACAUUUGUUCAGGAAGGUUUCGCUACUGAGUCAGAUACAGUUGAGACCCAUAUUUAUGACCAUGAAAAUGACAAUGUGUUGGUCAGACCUUCCAGUCCUGAAGCUUUUGAUGAUGAAUGGAUCAAACCAAUUCUACAACAAAAUGUUGCCUCCUCUCAGCCCACAGAAAGCCUACCAGAAUUCAACGAAAGCUUUGCAGAAGACAAUAAUGUUGAGCUGGGCUCUGAAAUUGAAGUCUCUUUUGAGCAACAAGAAAUUUUGCCUAAGGAAUCUCAAUACGAAGAAGAAAGUACUUCUGAAGAAAGAAAAGACGCAGUAGACGAACACACAGACACAGUUGAAAACAUUGAAGAACAAAUUGCACAACAAGUCUUGAGUGAUUUUGAAGAUGAACAAGAAUCUGUUAGUACUUCUGGUGAAAAUAUCUUGACACAAGAUAAUUUGGAAACAGAAUUCUCUGAAGAAAUUGCUCCAGACACAUUUGUUCAGGAAGGUUUCGCUACUGAGUCAGAUACAGUUGAGACCCAUAUUUUUGACCAUGAAAAUGACAAUGUGUUGGUCAGACCUUCCAGUCCUGAAGCUUUUGAUGAUGAAUGGAUCAAACCAAUUCUACAACAAAAUGUUGCGUCCUCUCAGCCUACAGAAAGCCUACCAGAAUUCAACGAAAGCUUUGCAGAAGACAAUGAUGUUGAGCUGGGCUCUGAAAUUGAAGUCUCUUUUGAGCAACAAGAAAUCUUGCCUAAGGAAUCUCAAUACGAAGAAGAAAGUACUUCUGAAGAAAGAAAAGACGCAGUAGACGAACACACAGACACAGUUGAAAACAUUGAAGAACAAAUUGCACAACAAGUCUUGAGUGAUUUUGAAGAUGAACAAGAAUCUGUUAGUACUUCUGGUGAAAACAUCUUUACACAAGAUAACUUGGAAACAGAAGUCUCUGAAGAAAUUGCUCCAGACACAUUUGUUCAGGAAGGUUUCGCUACUGAGUCAGAUACAGUUGAGACCCAUAUUUUUGACCAUGAAAAUGACAAUGUGUUGGUCAGACCUUCCAGUCCUGAAGCUUUUGAUGAUGAAUGGAUCAAACCAAUUCUACAACAAAAUGUUGCGUCCUCUCAGCACACAGAAAGCCUACCAGAAUUCAACGAAAGCUUUGCAGAAGACAAUGAUGUUGAGCUGGGCUCUGAACUUGAAGUCUCUUUUGAGCAACAAGAAAUCUUGCCUAAGGAAUCUCAAUACGAAGAAGAAAGUACUUCUGAAGAAAGAAAAGACGCAGUAGACGAACACACAGACACAGUUGAAAACAUUGAAGAACAAAUUGCACCACAAGUCUUGAGUGAUUUUGAAGAUGAACAAGAAUCUGUUAGUACUUCUGGUGAAAAUAUCUUUACUCAAGAUAACUUGGAAACAGAAGUCUCUGAAGAAAUUGCUCCAGACACAUUUGUUCAGGAAGGUUUCGCUACUGAGUCAGAUACAGUUAAGACCCAUAUCUAUGACCAUGAAAAUAACAAUGUGUUGGUCAGACCUUCCAGUCCUGAAGCUUUUGAUGAUGAAUGGAUCAAACCAAUUCCACAAGAAAAUGUUGCCUCCUCUCAGCCCACAGAAAGCCUACCAGAAUUCAACGAAAGCUUUGCAGAAGACAAUGAUGUUGAGCUGGGCUCUGAAAUUGAAGUCUCUUUUGAGCAACAAGAAAUCUUGCCUAAGGAAUCUCAAUACGAAGAAGAAAGUACUUCUGAAGAAAGAAAAGACGCAGUAGACGAACACACAGACACAGUUGAAAACAUUGAAGAACAAAUUGCAGCACAAGUCUUGAGUGAUUUUGAAGAUGAACAAGAAUCUGUUAGUACUUCUGGUGAAAAUAUCUUGACACAAGAUAACUUGGAAACAGAAGUCCCUGAAGAAAUUGCUCCAGACACAUUUGUUCAGGAAGGUUUCGCUACUGAGUCAGAUACAGUUGAGACCCAUAUUUAUGACCAUGAAAAUGACAAUGUGUUGCCCACAGAAAGCCUACCAGAAUUCAACGAAAGCUUUGCAGAAGACAAUGAUGUUGAGCUGGGCUCUGAAAUUGAAGUCUCUUUUGAGCAACAAGAAAUCUUGCCUAAGGAAUCUCAAUACGAAGAAGAAAGUACUUCUGAAGAAAGAAAAGACGCAGUAGACGAACACACAGAAUCAGUUGAAAACAUUGAAGAACAAAUUGCACCACAAUUCUUGAGUGAUUUUGAAGAUGAACAAGAAUCUGUUAGUACUUCUGGUGAAAAUAUCUUGACACAAGAUAACUUGGAAACAGAAUUCUCUGAAGAAAUUGCUCCAGACACAUUUGUUCAGGAAGGUUUCGCUACUGAGUCAGAUACAGUUGAGACCCAUAUUUAUGACCAUGAAAAGGACAAUGUGUUGGUCAGACCUUCCAGUCCUGAAGCUUUUGAUGAUGAAUGGAUCAAACCAAUUCUACAACAAAAUGUUGCCUCCUCUCAGCCAACAGAAAGCCUACCAGAAUUCAACGAAAGCUUUGCAGAAGACAAUGAUGUUGAGCUGGGCUCUGAAAUUGAAGUCUCUUUUGAGCAACAAGAAAUCUUGCCUAAGGAAUCUCAAUACGAAGAAGAAAGUACUUCUGAAGAAAGAAAAGACGCAGUAGACGAACACACAGAAUCAGUUGAAAACAUUGAAGAACAAAUUGCACUACAAAUCUUGAGUGAUUUCGAAGAUGAACAAGAAUCUGUUAGUACUUCUGGUGAAAACAUCUUUACUCAAGAUAACUUGGAAACAGAAGUCUCUGAAGAAAUUGCUCCAGACACAUUUGUUCAGGAAGGUUUCGCUACUGAUUCAGAUACAGUUGAGACCCAUAUUUAUGACCAUGAAAAUGACAAUGUGUUGGUCAGACCUUCCAGUCCUGAAGCUUUUGAUGAUGAAUGGAUCAAACCAAUUCUACAACAAAAUGUUGCCUCCUCUCAGCCCACAGAAAGCCUACCAGAAUUCAACGAAAGCUUUGCAGAAGACAAUGAUGUUGAGCUGGGCUCUGAAAUUGAAGUCUCUUUUGAGCAACAAGAAAUCUUGCCUAAGGAAUCUCAAUACGAAGAAGAAAGUACUUCUGAAGAAAGAAAAGACGCAGUAGACGAACACACAGACACAGUUGAAAACAUUGAAGAACAAAUUGCACCACAAUUCUUGAGUGAUUUUGAAGAUGAACAAGAAUCUGUUAGUACUUCUGGUGAAAACAUCUUUACACAAGAUAACUUGGAAACAGAAUUCUCUGAAGAAAUUGCUCCAGACACAUUUGUUCAGGAAGGUUUCGCUACUGAGUCAGAUACAGUUGAGACCCAUAUUUAUGACCAUGAAAAUGACAAUGUGUUGGUCAGACCUUCCAGUCCUGAAGCUUUUGAUGAUGAAUGGAUCAAACCAAUUCUACAACAAAAUGUUGCCUCCUCUCAGCCCACAGAAAGCCUACCAGAAUUCAACGAAAGCUUUGCAGAAGACAAUGAUGUUGAGCUGGGCUCUGAAAUUAAAGUCUCUUUUGAGCAACAAGAAAUCUUGCCUAAGGAAUCUCAAUACGAAGAAGAAAGUACUUCUGAAGAAAGAAAAGACGCAGUAGACGAACACACAGACACAGUUGAAAACAUUGAAGAACAAAUUGCACCACAAGUCUUGAGUGUUUUUGAAGAUGAACAAGAAUCUGUUAGUACUUCUGGUGAAAAUAUCUUGACACAAGAUAACUUGGAAACAGAAUUCUCUGAAGAAAUUGCUCCAGACACAUUUGUUCAGGAAGGUUUCGCUACUGAGUCAGAUACAGUUGAGACCCAUAUUUAUGACCAUGAAAAUGACAAUGUGUUAGUCAGACCUUCCAGUCCUGAAGCUUUUGAUGAUGAAUGGAUCAAACCAAUUCUACAACAAAAUGUUCCCUUCUCUCAGCCCACAGAAAGCCUACCAGAAUUCAACGAAAGCUUUGCAGAAGACAAUGAUGUUGAGCUGGGCUCUGAAAUUGAAGUCUCUUUUGAGCAACAAGAAAUCUUGCCUAAGGAAUCUCAAUACGAAGAAGAAAGUACUUCUGAAGAAAGAAAAGACGCAGUAGACGAACACACAGAAUCAGUUGAAAACAUUGAAGAACAAAUUGCACUACAAGUCUUGAGUGAUUUUGAAGAUGAACAAGAAUCUGUUAGUACUUCUGGUGAAAACAUCUUUACACAAGAUAACUUGGAAACAGAAGUCUCUGAAGAAAUUGCUCCAGACACAUUUGUUCAGGAAGGUUUCGCUACUGAGUCAGAUACAGUUGAGACCCAUAUUUAUGACCAUGAAAAUGACAAUGUGUUGGUCAGACCUUCCAGUCCUGAAGCUUUUGAUGAUGAAUGGAUCAAACCAAUUCUACAACAAAAUGUUGCCUCCUCUCAGCCCACAGAAAGCCUACCAGAAUUCAACGAAAGCUUUGCAGAAGACAAUGAUGUUGAGCUGGGCUCUGAAAUUGAAGUCUCUUUUGAGCAACAAGAAAUCUCGCCUAAGGAAUCUCAAUACGAAGAAGAAAGUACUUCUGAAGAAAGAAAAGACGCAGUAGACGAACACACAGAAUCAGUUGAAAACAUUGAAGAACAAAUUGCACUACAAGUCUUGAGUGAUUUCGAAGAUGAACAAGAAUCUGUUAGUACUUCUGGUGAAAACAUCUUUACUCAAGAUAACUUGGAAACAGAAGUCUCUGAAGAAAUUGCUCCAGACACAUUUGUUCAGGAAGGUUUCGCUACUGAGUCAGAUACAGUUGAGACCCAUAUUUAUGACCAUGAAAAUGACAAUGUGUUGGUCAGACCUUCCAGUCCUGAAGCUUUUGAUGAUGAAUGGAUCAAACCAAUUCUACAACAAAAUGUUGCCUCCUCUCAGCCCACAGAAAGCCUACCAGAAUUCAACGAAAGCUUUGCAGAAGACAAUGAUGUUGAGCUGGGCUCUGAAAUUGAAGUCUCUUUUGAGCAACAAGAAAUCUUGCCUAAGGAAUCUCAAUACGAAGAAGAAAGUACUUCUGAAGAAAGAAAAGACGCAGUAGACGAACACACAGACACAGUUGAAAACAUUGAAGAACAAAUUGCACCACAAGUCUUGAGUGAUUUUGAAGAUGAACAAGAAUCUGUUAGUACUUCUGGUGAAAAUAUCUUGACACAAGAUAACUUGGAAACAGAAGUCUCUGAAGAAAUUGCUCCAGACACAUUUGUUCAGGAAGGUUUCGCUACUGAGUCAGAUACAGUUGAGACCCAUAUUUAUGACCAUGAAAAUGACAAUGUGUUGGUCAGACCUUCCAGUCCUGAAGCUUUUGAUGAUGAAUGGAUCAAACCAAUUCUACAACAAAAUGUUGCCUCCUCUCAGCCCACAGAAAGCCUACCAGAAUUCAACGAAAGCUUUGCAGAAGACAAUGAUGUUGAGCUGGGCUCUGAAAUUGAAGUCUCUUUUGAGCAACAAGAAAUCUUGCCUAAGGAAUCUCAAUACGAAGAAGAAAGUACUUCUGAAGAAAGAAAAGACGCAGUAGACGAACACACAGACACAGUUGAAAACAUUGAAGAACAAAUUGCACCACAAGUCUUGAGUGAUUUUGAAGAUGAACAAGAAUCUGUUAGUACUUCUGGUGAAAAUAUCUUGACACAAGAUAACUUGGAAACAGAAGUCUCUGAAGAAAUUGCUCCAGACACAUUUGUUCAGGAAGGUUUCGCUACUGAGUCAGAUACAGUUGAGACCCAUAUUUAUGACCAUGAAAAUGACAAUGUGUUAGUCAGCUCUUCCAGUCCUGAAGCUUUUGAUGAUGAAUGGAUCAAACCAAUUCUACAACAAAAUGUUCCCUUCUCUCAGCCCACAGAAAGCCUACCAGAAUUCAACGAAAGCUUUGCAGAAGACAAUGAUGUUGAGCUGGGCUCUGAAAUUGAAGUCUCUUUUGAGCAACAAGAAAUCUUGCCUAAGGAAUCUCAAUACGAAGAAGAAAGUACUUCUGAAGAAAGAAAAGACGCAGUAGACGAACACACAGAAUCAGUUGAAAACAUUGAAGAACAAAUUGCACUACAAGUCUUGAGUGAUUUUGAAGAUGAACAAGAAUCUGUUAGUACUUCUGGUGAAAAUAUCUUGACACAAGAUAACUUGGAAACAGAAGUCUCUGAAGAAAUUGCUCCAGACACAUUUGUUCAGGAAGGUUUCGCUACUGAGUCAGAUACAGUUGAGACCCAUAUUUAUGACCAUGAAAAUGACAAUGUGUUGGUCAGACCUUCCAGUCCUGAAGCUUUUGAUGAUGAAUGGAUCAAACCAAUUCUACAACAAAAUGUUGCCUCCUCUCAGCCCACAGAAAGCCUACCAGAAUUCAACGAAAGCUUUGCAGAAGACAAUGAUGUUGAGCUGGGCUCUGAAAUUGAAGUCUCUUUUGAGCAACAAGAAAUCUUGCCUAAGGAAUCUCAAUACGAAGAAGAAAGUACUUCUGAAGAAAGAAAAGACGCAGUAGACGAACACACAGACACAGUUGAAAACAUUGAAGAACAAAUUGCACCACAAGUCUUGAGUGAUUUUGAAGAUGAACAAGAAUCUGUUAGUACUUCUGGUGAAAAUAUCUUGACACAAGAUAACUUGGAAACAGAAGUCUCUGAAGAAAUUGCUCCAGACACAUUUGUUCAGGAAGGUUUCGCUACUGAGUCAGAUACAGUUGAGACCCAUAUUUAUGACCAUGAAAAUGACAAUGUGUUAGUCAGCUCUUCCAGUCCUGAAGCUUUUGAUGAUGAAUGGAUCAAACCAAUUCUACAACAAAAUGUUCCCUUCUCUCAGCCCACAGAAAGCCUACCAGAAUUCAACGAAAGCUUUGCAGAAGACAAUGAUGUUGAGCUGGGCUCUGAAAUUGAAGUCUCUUUUGAGCAACAAGAAAUCUUGCCUAAGGAAUCUCAAUACGAAGAAGAAAGUACUUCUGAAGAAAGAAAAGACGCAGUAGACGAACACACAGAAUCAGUUGAAAACAUUGAAGAACAAAUUGCACUACAAGUCUUGAGUGAUUUUGAAGAUGAACAAGAAUCUGUUAGUACUUCUGGUGAAAAUAUCUUGACACAAGAUAACUUGGAAACAGAAGUCUCUGAAGAAAUUGCUCCAGACACAUUUGUUCAGGAAGGUUUCGCUACUGAGUCAGAUACAGUUGAGACCCAUAUUUAUGACCAUGAAAAUGACAAUGUGUUGGUCAGACCUUCCAGUCCUGAAGCUUUUGAUGAUGAAUGGAUCAAACCAAUUCUACAACAAAAUGUUGCCUCCUCUCAGCCCACAGAAAGCCUACCAGAUCUCAACGAAAGCUUUGCAGAAGACAAUGAUGUGAAGCUGGGCUCUGAAAUUGAAGUCUCUUUUGAGCAACAAGAAAUCUUGCCUAAGGAAUCUCAAUACGAAGAAGAAAGUACUUCUGAAGAAAGAAAAGACGCAGUAGACGAACACACAGAAUCAGUUGAAAACAUUGAAGAACAAAUUGCACUACAAAUCUUGAGUGAUUUCGAAGAUGAACAAGAAUCUGUUAGUACUUCUGGUGAAAACAUCUUUACUCAAGAUAACUUGGAAACAGAAGUCUCUGAAGAAAUUGCUCCAGACACAUUUGUUCAGGAAGGUUUCGCUACUGAGUCAGAUACAGUUGAGACCCAUAUUUAUGACCAUGAAAAUGACAAUGUGUUGGUCAGACCUUCCAGUCCUGAAGCUUUUGAUGAUGAAUGGAUCAAACCAAUUCUACAACAAAAUGUUGCCUCCUCUCAGCCCACAGAAAGCCUACCAGAAUUCAACGAAAGCUUUGCAGAAGACAAUGAUGUUGAGCUGGGCUCUGAAAUUGAAGUCUCUUUUGAGCAACAAGAAAUCUUGCCUAAGGAAUCUCAAUACGAAGAAGAAAGUACUUCUGAAGAAAGAAAAGACGCAGUAGACGAACACACAGACACAGUUGAAAAUAUUGAAGAACAAAUUGCACCACAAGUCUUGAGUGAUUUUGAAGAUGAACAAGAAUCUGUUAGUACUUCUGGUGAAAAUAUCUUGACACAAGAUAACUUGGAAACAGAAUUCUCUGAAGAAAUUGCUCCAGACACAUUUGUUCAGGAAGGUUUCGCUACUGAGUCAGAUACAGUUGAGACCCAUAUUUAUGACCAUGAAAAUGACAAUGUGUUGGUCAGACCUUCCAGUCCUGAAGCUUUUGAUGAUGAAUGGAUCAAACCAAUUCUACAACAAAAUGUUGCCUCCUCUCAGCCCACAGAAAGCCUACCAGAAUUCAACGAAAGCUUUGCAGAAGACAAUGAUGUUGAGCUGGGCUCUGAAAUUGAAGUCUCUUUUGAGCAACAAGAAAUCUUGCCUAAGGAAUCUCAAUACGAAGAAGAAAGUACUUCUGAAGAAAGAAAAGACGCAGUAGACGAACACACAGAAUCAGUUGAAAACAUUGAAGAACAAAUUGCACUACAAAUCUUGAGUGAUUUCGAAGAUGAAAAAGAAUCUGUUAGUACUUCUGGUGAAAAAAUCUUUACUCAAGAUAACUUGGAAACAGAAGUCUCUGAAGAAAUUGCUCCAGACACAUUUGUUCAGGAAGGUUUCGCUACUGAGUCAGAUACAGUUGAGACCCAUAUUUAUGACCAUGAAAAUGACAAUGUGUUAGUCAGACCUUCCAGUCCUGAAGCUUUUGAUGAUGAAUGGAUCAAACCAAUUCUACAACAAAAUGUUCCCUUCUCUCAGCCCACAGAAAGCCUACCAGAAUUCAACGAAAGCUUUGCAGAAGACAAUGAUGUUGAGCUGGGCUCUGAAAUUGAAGUCUCUUUUGAGCAACAAGAAAUCUUGCCUAAGGAAUCUCAAUACGAAGAAGAAAGUACUUCUGAAGAAAGAAAAGACGCAGUAGACGAACACACAGAAUCAGUUGAAAACAUUGAAGAACAAAUUGCACUACAAGUCUUGAGUGAUUUUGAAGAUGAACAAGAAUCUGUUAGUACUUCUGGUGAAAACAUCUUUACACAAGAUAACUUGGAAACAGAAGUCUCUGAAGAAAUUGCUCCAGACACAUUUGUUCAGGAAGGUUUCGCUACUGAGUCAGAUACAGUUGAGACCCAUAUUUAUGACCAUGAAAAUGACAAUGUGUUGGUCAGACCUUCCAGUCCUGAAGCUUUUGAUGAUGAAUGGAUCAAACCAAUUCUACAACAAAAUGUUGCCUCCUCUCAGCCCACAGAAAGCCUACCAGAAUUCAACGAAAGCUUUGCAGAAGACAAUGAUGUUGAGCUGGGCUCUGAAAUUGAAGUCUCUUUUGAGCAACAAGAAAUCUUGCCUAAGGAAUCUCAAUACGAAGAAGAAAGUACUUCUGAAGAAAGAAAAGACGCAGUAGACGAACACACAGAAUCAGUUGAAAACAUUGAAGAACAAAUUGCACUACAAAUCUUGAGUGAUUUCGAAGAUGAACAAGAAUCUGUUAGUACUUCUGGUGAAAAAAUCUUUACUCAAGAUAACUUGGAAACAGAAGUCUCUGAAGAAAUUGCUCCAGACACAUUUGUUCAGGAAGGUUUCGCUACUGAGUCAGAUACAGUUGAGACCCAUAUUUAUGACCAUGAAAAUGACAAUGUGUUGGUCAGACCUUCCAGUCCUGAAGCUUUUGAUGAUGAAUGGAUCAAACCAAUUCUACAACAAAAUGUUGCCUCCUCUCAGCCCACAGAAAGCCUACCAGAAUUCAACGAAAGCUUUGCAGAAGACAAUGAUGUUGAGCUGGGCUCUGAAAUUGAAGUCUCUUUUGAGCAACAAGAAAUCUUGCCUAAGGAAUCUCAAUACGAAGAAGAAAGUACUUCUGAAGAAAGAAAAGACGCAGUAGACGAACACACAGACACAGUUGAAAACAUUGAAGAACAAAUUGCACCACAAGUCUUGAGUGAUUUUGAAGAUGAACAAGAAUCUGUUAGUACUUCUGGUGAAAAUAUCUUGACACAAGAUAACUUGGAAACAGAAGUCUCUGAAGAAAUUGCUCCAGACACAUUUGUUCAGGAAGGUUUCGCUACUGAGUCAGAUACAGUUGAGACCCAUAUUUAUGACCAUGAAAAUGACAAUGUGUUGGUCAGACCUUCCAGUCCUGAAGCUUUUGAUGAUGAAUGGAUCAAACCAAUUCUACAACAAAAUGUUGCCUCCUCUCAGCCCACAGAAAGCCUACCAGAAUUCAACGAAAGCUUUGCAGAAGACAAUGAUGUUGAGCUGGGCUCUGAAAUUGAAGUCUCUUUUGAGCAACAAGAAAUCUUGCCUAAGGAAUCUCAAUACGAAGAAGAAAGUACUUCUGAAGAAAGAAAAGACGCAGUAGACGAACACACAGACACAGUUGAAAACAUUGAAGAACAAAUUGCACCACAAGUCUUGAGUGUUUUUGAAGAUGAACAAGAAUCUGUUAGUACUUCUGGUGAAAAUAUCUUGACACAAGAUAACUUGGAAACAGAAGUCUCUGAAGAAAUUGCUCCAGACACAUUUGUUCAGGAAGGUUUCGCUACUGAGUCAGAUACAGUUGAGACCCAUAUUUAUGACCAUGAAAAUGACAAUGUGUUAGUCAGCUCUUCCAGUCCUGAAGCUUUUGAUGAUGAAUGGAUCAAACCAAUUCUACAACAAAAUGUUCCCUUCUCUCAGCCCACAGAAAGCCUACCAGAAUUCAACGAAAGCUUUGCAGAAGACAAUGAUGUUGAGCUGGGCUCUGAAAUUGAAGUCUCUUUUGAGCAACAAGAAAUCUUGCCUAAGGAAUCUCAAUACGAAGAAGAAAGUACUUCUGAAGAAAGAAAAGACGCAGUAGACGAACACACAGAAUCAGUUGAAAACAUUGAAGAACAAAUUGCACUACAAGUCUUGAGUGAUUUUGAAGAUGAACAAGAAUCUGUUAGUACUUCUGGUGAAAAUAUCUUGACACAAGAUAACUUGGAAACAGAAGUCUCUGAAGAAAUUGCUCCAGACACAUUUGUUCAGGAAGGUUUCGCUACUGAGUCAGAUACAGUUGAGACCCAUAUUUAUGACCAUGAAAAUGACAAUGUGUUAGUCAGACCUUCCAGUCCUGAAGCUUUUGAUGAUGAAUGGAUCAAACCAAUUCUACAACAAAAUGUUCCCUUCUCUCAGCCCACAGAAAGCCUACCAGAAUUCAACGAAAGCUUUGCAGAAGACAAUGAUGUUGAGCUGGGCUCUGAAAUUGAAGUCUCUUUUGAGCAACAAGAAAUCUUGCCUAAGGAAUCUCAAUACGAAGAAGAAAGUACUUCUGAAGAAAGAAAAGACGCAGUAGACGAACACACAGAAUCAGUUGAAAACAUUGAAGAACAAAUUGCACUACAAGUCUUGAGUGAUUUUGAAGAUGAACAAGAAUCUGUUAGUACUUCUGGUGAAAACAUCUUUACACAAGAUAACUUGGAAACAGAAGUCUCUGAAGAAAUUGCUCCAGACACAUUUGUUCAGGAAGGUUUCGCUACUGAGUCAGAUACAGUUGAGACCCAUAUUUAUGACCAUGAAAAUGACAAUGUGUUGGUCAGACCUUCCAGUCCUGAAGCUUUCGAUGAUGAAUGGAUCAAACCAAUUCUACAACAAAAUGUUGCCUCCUCUCAGCCCACAGAAAGCCUACCAGAAUUCAACGAAAGCUUUGCAGAAGACAAUGAUGUUGAGCUGGGCUCUGAAAUUGAAGUCUCUUUUGAGCAACAAGAAAUCUCGCCUAAGGAAUCUCAAUACGAAGAAGAAAGUACUUCUGAAGAAAGAAAAGACGCAGUAGACGAACACACAGAAUCAGUUGAAAACAUUGAAGAACAAAUUGCACUACAAGUCUUGAGUGAUUUCGAAGAUGAACAAGAAUCUGUUAGUACUUCUGGUGAAAACAUCUUUACUCAAGAUAACUUGGAAACAGAAGUCUCUGAAGAAAUUGCUCCAGACACAUUUGUUCAGGAAGGUUUCGCUACUGAGUCAGAUACAGUUGAGACCCAUAUUUAUGACCAUGAAAAUGACAAUGUGUUAGUCAGACCUUCCAGUCCUGAAGCUUUUGAUGAUGAAUGGAUCAAACCAAUUCUACAACAAAAUGUUGCCUCCUCUCAGCCCACAGAAAGCCUACCAGAAUUCAACGAAAGCUUUGCAGAAGACAAUGAUGUUGAGCUGGGCUCUGAAAUUGAAGUCUCUUUUGAGCAACAAGAAAUCUUGCCUAAGGAAUCUCAAUACGAAGAAGAAAGUACUUCUGAAGAAAGAAAAGACGCAGUAGACGAACACACAGACACAGUUGAAAACAUUGAAGAACAAAUUGCACCACAAGUCUUGAGUGAUUUUGAAGAUGAACAAGAAUCUGUUAGUACUUCUGGUGAAAAUAUCUUGACACAAGAUAACUUGGAAACAGAAGUCUCUGAAGAAAUUGCUCCAGACACAUUUGUUCAGGAAGGUUUCGCUACUGAGUCAGAUACAGUUGAGACCCAUAUUUAUGACCAUGAAAAUGACAAUGUGUUGGUCAGACCUUCCAGUCCUGAAGCUUUUGAUGAUGAAUGGAUCAAACCAAUUCUACAACAAAAUGUUCCCUUCUCUCAGCCCACAGAAAGCCUACCUGAAUUCAACGAAAGCUUUGCAGAAGACAAUGAUGUUGAGCUGAGCUCUGAAAUUGAAGUCUCUUUUGAGCAACAAGAAAUCUUGCCUAAGGAAUCUCAAUACGAAGAAGAAAGUACUUCUGAAGAAAGAAAAGACGCAGUAGACGAACACACAGAAUCAGUUGAAAACAUUGAAGAACAAAUUGCACCACAAGUCUUGAGUGAUUUCGAAGAUGAACAAGAAUCUGUUAGUACUUCUGGUGAAAACAUCUUUACUCAAGAUAACUUGGAAACAGAAGUCUCUGAAGAAAUUGCUCCAGACACAUUUGUUCAGGAAGGUUUCGCUACUGAGUCAGAUACAGUUGAGACCCAUAUUUAUGACCAUGAAAAUGACAAUGUGUUGGUCAGACCUUCCAGUCCUGAAGCUUUUGAUGAUGAAUGGAUCAAACCAAUUCUACAACAAAAUGUUCCCUUCUCUCAGCCCACAGAAAGCCUACCAGAAUUCAACGAAAGCUUUGCAGAAGACAAUGAUGUUGAGCUGGGCUCUGAAAUUGAAGUCUCUUUUGAGCAACAAGAAAUCUUGCCUAAGGAAUCUCAAUACGAAGAAGAAAGUACUUCUGAAGAAAGAAAAGACGCAGUAGACGAACACACAGAAUCAGUUGAAAACAUUGAAGAACAAAUUGCACUACAAGUCUUGAGUGAUUUCGAAGAUGAACAAGAAUCUGUUAGUACUUCUGGUGAAAAUAUCUUGACACAAGAUAACUUGGAAACAGAAGUCUCUGAAGAAAUUGCUCCAGACAUAUUUGAAAGAAAAGAGGAACACAAAAUGAACAAAGAAACUUUAGAUGAAGAAACCGAUGAUCAGAAUCAUUUUACCUCGGAAGUGUAUACAAAUUUUUUGGCAGAGACUAUAAAAGAAGAAAUAGUGGAACAAAAUAUUACACAUGUUGCAAAACACUUAGAUGUUUCAUUUAAAAAUGGGGAAGUUUUUGAUGACAUAAGUUAUGAAUGUCUUCCCCACUCUGAAAUUGUCAAUAAAGAAGAAAUUUUAACAGAAAGCAGCGUAACUCUCUUUCCAGGUUAUCAAGAUGACACUUCUCAAGUUGAGGUCGACCAUAACAUGCCGAAAUAUUGUAACAAAGAAACAGAUAUUGAUGACGUCAUCGUCAAUAAAGCUGAAGGUUUUGAAGAUACAAAGGUAGCGGCUUUACUUCUUGAGCGCCCACUUCUUGCAACAUCUCAUAUUCAGGCUUCUGAAGAUUUUGAAACAAGUAAAGAUAGCAUAGUAGAAGACAUUGCCGACAAAGAAAAAAUGGAAAACUAUAUUGAUAAUACAGCUGGAAGCGAUUACGAUGAUAGGAACAGCGAAGAAGAAAGUGAUCAUUCUGACGAUUUGCAACUUUCCUCUCAGAGUCUCGGUAGUUCUCCUAAACCUCAGUUAGAAACGGUGAUCCUAGUUAGCCCGAGUAGCCAGCAUGUUGAGAAAGAAGAGUUUGUCGAUGGUGAAACUUCGUCACCCGAGUCUGUUGAUGAAUCAGAGACUGAAGAUGUUCAAAGCGAUAGUGCCACAGAAGAUGAAGCUCACCGACAACUUUAUCAGGCAGACGAAAGUGAAGAUGAUGAUAUCGAGGGUCAUACAAAACUUGCUAUCGACAACAAUUUUAAACUGGAAUGUGAACACCUUGAAAAGGCUUCAGUUCUAGUCGAUCAAACUGAAGCUGAAGAGCAUAUAGAAAAGCAGGACUUGCUCACUGCUAGAGAUAUAAACAAGGAUGAGAAUGUGAAAGAAGAUUCAGAAGAGUUGGAAGAGAAUGAGAACGAGAAAAAAGAUGAUACUGAUGAAGAUGACGAAGAUGAAGAAGAUGAUGAUGAUGAUAACGAUGGCGAAGAUCAAGAUGAUGACGACGAUAUAGAUGAUGAAGAUGAUGAUAAUAAUGAUGAGGAGAGCAAAGACUAUGACAACAAAGAAAACGAUAAAGACCAAUUAGAUGAUAAGAGGCAAAGUGAUGACGACCACAAAGAUACAAAUGACAAUGAGACAUAUUUACACAAACAAGAAUCAUCACGAGACGAUAAAAAUCAUAAUGAGGACUUAAAAGACAAUGCUGAUAAUGUUUUUGAAAAGAAAGAAAUGAUCUCCUCUGGAGAACUAAAUGACAAUGAAGGAGAUGAGUUCGAAGAGUUUGAAACUUCCAAAGAUUCCGAACGAAGUGGUGACUAUGAAUACGAUGAUGAUGCAGAAGAAGAGAAUUUCAAAGAAAGACUAGAUAAGCUGCGCACACAAGAAACAGCAACGUCUAUUAAUAACGACAUUGAGCUAGCACUAGAAGAAAGAGCUCCCGACAAUUUGAAUGAUACUGCUAUCGGGGAUAGUGGACAGGAACUAGCUGAAAAAGAGCCUGAAAACAAGAGCGAAGUUAGCAGUGAUGUUGAAGAUGUAAGUGAUGAAGAGACUGUCGAGACUGAUGAAGAAGAGGCAGUGAUUGAAAAGCAAAGUGACAACAGUAUGCGAUUGCCAUGCCCCCCAUCACUGACACCACUACAAAUAAAUGACAUCUUCUUACUAAGUGAAUCUAUGUUCUUGGGAGAAAUUCCAUCCGAUCUCCAUUCAGAGAAAGAGGCUUCCUCGGCUCAAGAUAUUGUGCAACGGAAAUCAGGAGAAGUUAUAAUUCAUAAGGUAGAACCAAUACAUGCUGCAUCUACUGAACCAGCUACAUCACCAACUGAUGACACAGUGUCUAGAAUCCAAGAUGAAAAAUCCAGGCUAGCCCAUCCUGAAGAUAUAUUCUUACCACAUUGGAUGAAAUCGUCAGUCAAACCAAAAGGCGUUGAACAAACGAGCAGAAAAAAUGUAUCAAAUGAAAGUACCCCAAAAACAUCAAGUCCUGAAGAACAAUGUAAAGAGACUGAGGGUCCUAUACAAACUGAAGACACAGAAAUAAAUGCUAAGCAAAAUGAAGAUACUUUACCUGAAUCCAAGAAAGAACCAACACCGGAUAGGCAUGACUUAGACGGUGACACACGCAAAUGUCUUGAAUGGCUAUCUACACUGUCUGAUUGUGCAGAGAUGGAAGUGAUUUCGACUGUUGAUUCUACCGAUGUUAUAACCAGACCACUCAGCCCAGAGGCUCAAGAAGACGAGCUCAUUAAGCCAAUACUUCAACAAAAUGAUACACAGCCUGAAUUCGGGAUCGUUUCUCAAAAGAGUCUUGAAAAGUUUAAUAAAUCUUUUGCUUCAGAUGACGAAAUAGAUUUUGCCAGUAAGAAUCACCAGGAUGCUUUAUCUGAACCAAGUCAUUCUCCAUUAAAACCAAAAAUACAGUUUAGCUUUAGUGAAAGUGCUAGAUCCGAGAAAUGUGAAGAAAAACCCAGUGACAGUCUUCAUGAUAUGCUUGAAGUAUUUGGUAUUACUGAUCAGGACAUGAGCCGUCUAACAAAACGUAACUCUACAUCCUCCGUGGACUCACACGAAUCAGCAGACCCCGAUGUUGUCAAAAUGUUAGAAGCUUUUGGUAUGGUAGAACACCCAACGUGUGCAGACGAAAUUGAAACAGAACUUUUAACCACAACAGAUAUGAACCUCGUGAAUCGACCAGAAAGUCCAUCUUCCACCAGAACGGAUGAAAAUGAAGGGAAUCGUCAGGAAGAAAGUGAACACGGUAGCGCUUGUCAUGUGACUAGUGUUAGCCUCCAGACAUUUGAAGACAGCUUUCACCCCGUCCAUGAGAUUGACAUUGGGGAGCAUGGAGUCAACGAAGUCAGGAGGUGUAAUAGCCCAGAGGCAGAGUACAUGACUGUGCCAACACCGAACGAGCCUGGCACUGCAGCUGCAAAAAGCGACUCUAUAGACAUCAGCUCCCGUUUCGAUUUCACAAUCAAGGAGACGAUGUUAACAGACAUAGAGUCAGGAUGCAGUGCCGGCACAAACUUUCAGAGGGAUGAUUCCAAAGCACAAUUACAAGAUGACCAAAACAUUCAAGACGAAAUCAGUUUGGACUUUUCUGAAGAAGAAAGCAAAAAAGUAACCAAUGAUGCAAUCAAUGAAGGUAGGGAGGAAACUGACGAAGAAGAUUUGCUAAGCGUAAAUGACGAUAGCGAAGAAGAUGACAACGAGGGUGUGGACGAUGACAAGCCAAAUGAAGGAGAUGAUGAAGAGAGUGCGGACGAAAAAGAAGAAAGUUGGGAGCAAGGGUUAGACUUCCAAGACAAUGUCGAUUUUGACGGGAGUAAACAACAGAUUGCUCAUGACGAGAAAAAAUAUCAAUUAAAUGAAUUAGAAGAUGAGCAAGAACAACAUUCUUAUAAAGUUGAAGAACUGUCUUAUGAAGAGGAAACAGAAUCCGAUGAAGGCUUACAACAAUCUGAUGAUGAGGGCCAACAAUCUGAUAAGGAAGGUCAUCAAUCUGAUGAGGAGGGUCAACAAUCUGGUGAGGAGGGUCAACAAUCUGAUGAGGAGGGUCAACAAUCUGAUGAGGAGGGUCAACAAUCUAGUGAGGAGGGUCAACAAUCUGAUGAGGAGGGUCAACAAUCUGGUGAGGAGGAUCAACAAUCUGAUGAGGAGGUACAAGAAUAUGUAGAAGUUAUAAAACAAUCUGAUAAAGAUGUACAACAAUUUGAUGAAGGUCCCAAACAGUUGGAAGAAGAUGAUAUACAACAAUCUAAAGACAUUGAAAAUCAAUCUAAUGAAGUUGUACAGCAUUUUGACAACUCUGUACAACGUGAAGACGCCAAGCAACAAUUGGAACAAGGGGUGAACUCCCUCAGUGAAGCAUUAGGAAAAUGUAACCUGGAAAACGAAAACACAGAAACCAAUAAUCUAUUUGAUAAUGUUUUCUUAACUGAGAUUGCUGUCGAAAAGACGUGUACAAAAAGUGAGGAAGAACAAAGUGGUGAUGAACAAAGUGAGGAUGAACCAAGUGAAAAUGAGCCAAGUGAAGAUGAAAGAAAAGAGGAUUGUUUAAUAGAAGACCGCCAACAGACUGAGUACCUUAGCAGUCAGAACAAAGACAAAGGUCUGGAAGGAAACGAACAAAUUGAAUACCUCAGUUAUAAAGCUGAAGAAACCGAGCUAAAGGGAUAUGAUCAAGAGAACCAAGAACUGAGUAAAAAUGAUCACUGUUUAGAGGACAACGACCAAUACAUAGAGAUGAUUAGUACGCUUGAAGAAAAUGAUGAAAAGAAAGAAGAAACUGAUGAUGAUAAGAGUGAACACAAUAACUCUGACCAUGGAAACAACGAACUUUCGGAACAAAGAGAAAUGUUAUACCUCAUGCAAAACAUAAAAGAAUAUUCUGAUAUUUUGCAGCGGACGUGUCGGGAAGAAAGCUCUUCAGACAGUGAGGAAUAUGAACAUGAAAACAUUGAGACUUUUGAGUAUGAAGAUUCUGAAGAAAACGCGCCGACCAGUUUAGAACCUGAGCUACAAGUGCUCCAACACCCAAGUCUGCUUCACAAUGAAACAGAAAGACAGAAGGCAAACGAGAAACAUUUCCUAACAGAAACUCAGCAUCAACUUCCAGGGGAGGAAAACAGUGAACCCAAGGAGAUCGGAAAGGAUGCAGUUCAGACAAGCAAGAAGCGGGUCAGUUUUCUGCACUCAGCAGAAGAGGAUGAACUAGCUCAUCGCCGCAAACUGGUUACUCUGAAGAACCAGGAUUCUGAAAUAUUUUACACUGUGGAUAACUCGGCUUUUGAGGACAUGUACUAUGACGCCAAAGAUGCAUCCUUUACUGAAACUCAAUCUGAACAAGUCGAACAGCCGGAUAACUUCAACUACACAAGAGAAGAUCAAGUGAGUGAAUACUUGAACGUUGAACGUAUUGAAGACAAUAUCCAGAGUGCAAAAGAAACCCAAUCUUCGAUGAAGAGCAUUGAUCUAUCAGAUGGAACAGAUGGCAGUGUACUCUACACAAAUGAAAGCUUUAUGAACAACAUCAACAAGACAGAGAGUAACGAUGAUUCAGGAAAUACACAUGAGAAAGAUUCUGUAAUGGAAACGAACCUUAUUGAAACUUCCACGGAUGAAAUGUACCAAACUAUUGAAGAACUGAACCAAAUGACAGAAAAGUUAGUAUCUAUGUGUGGUACAAGAGAAAGCAUAUCCACAUCAUCACCUGAUGUACUUGUAGAACAUGAAAGCAAAGAAACCAACUGGACAGAAACUUUGACGGACAAAUUACGUACUCAAGACGAUAUGGACAAUCUUAAAUAUAAUGCGGACUUAAGUGUCCAAGAGGAUUUAAUCCUAACUACUGUUGACCACGAGGACUUAAACGAAUUAAUGACAGUCACUAAACCGCCAGUUAACCUUCAAGACCAAGACAAAGAAUUCCAAGACAAAGACUUAAAAGACAAAGAGUUCCAAGACAAAGACUUUAAAGACAAAGAGUUUCAAGACAAAGACUUUCAAGACAAAGACUUUCAAGACAAAGACUUUCAAGACAAAGACACUGCACAUGUUACUGAUACAACCGAAAGCAUUGGAAGACUGCACGACCAUGUUGAUGACGACAAUGACUUAACAGAAAAUAACUCUGACAGGACUUCUCAACUUGACGAGAUAAACGAGCUGACUGACCGACUUGAAACUUUAACUGUCAAUGGUGCUGAAACAAAUCAAUCAACUUCAACAAAUAGCCAAGUUUACACUGAACUUUCCUUGACAAAGUAUGCAACUGAUAGCCAAGUUUACACUGAUCCUUCCUUGACAAAGUAUGCCAUCUCAAAAGACACAGUGGACAUUAGAGAUGUGUCCUGCAUCGAAAGUGAAUCUUCAAAGACAACUGAGACAACCCAAGAGGCACAAACCACAACAAGCUCUUUAGUGGAGCAAGAAAGUUUCAGAGACUCUAAUGACUACACAGCUCAGCUGGCGGAAGUUCACUCCAUGAUGACGUCAUUCUCCCGACGUGUCAGCGGUGACAUUGACCUUUGCCAGCUUGAUGUUAUUGAAGCUAUCGACUCCCUGGUAGAAAAGAUGGCGUACGAAUUACAGCAAGGGACCUUGUCUACGUCAGAGGUCAUGCAGGAAAUUUCCAAUCUGACAACUGGUCGCCAAAGACAACCAGGAUCCCUUUCAGAGCCAUCUUCUUACCAGACCAGUCGUGAAAGCAGCCCAAGAAAGACAGAGGCAGUUGAGACAUCCAGAGGACCUAGCACACCCAAAGACGACGGUUCUCAUAUAAACAGGAACCAGCUGGAGAAAGAAAUCUAUGAAAUCCUGGACGAGAUCAUGACUUUGUUAGGGGCCGUGUCUCCAGCUACAGAAAAGUCAAACGACCUGGAACAUAGCACUGAUGGCAGUGAGACUUCGGGCUCAACAAGCGGAGGUAACAUCGCACAAGAAAGAUGCACACCAGAGAAACCAGUUGCUGCAGAAGAUCAGGAGACGUCUAAAGAAACUGCAGUACCUUGCAACACACCACUGAACGUAUCCCUCAUAGAGUCUGAGAUAGGUGCGGAGCAAUUAGAGGACGAUCUUUUCAUUCAAGAAGACCACGAGUCGCUGCUAAAACAGUCGGAAACGGAGUCAGAGGUUGCUUCUGAUGUGUUCAUUGAUAAUGAAGAUUUAUUAAACGGUGAGUUCCACACGUUGACAAUAGAGAUACUCGUAAGUGAUAACACUAGCAAGGACCGCCGCGAACCUGAAAUCGACAGGACAGAACAGUUUUUAGUUCUUGAUGCAAUCAAAAGAGCCGUUCUUUCUGAAACAGGUCAACUAGAAAUAGUAACAUCAGAUCAAAACUAUAAUAUCGACUUGUGCAACAUAUCAGAGAUAGACAGAGUGGAGACAUUUCUGACUAAAGAAAUAGAUACUGUGACAAAUAUUCUGCCAGAUGAACUUUUGCUUUCAAGCAGAUUGAAAGAUUCCUCACAAUCUGAAAGUGAACAGAACUUAGACAGUCACGUGGCACCUGUUGGUGUUUCAAGCGCCAAUGACAAACAAAGUAGCACUGUAGUUGGUGAAUGUUUAGAAGAGAAUGACUUUGAAGAAACGUUUAGAGACGAGACAGUCGCAUGCUAUACAGAAGAUCAUACAUCUGAAGUUUGUGGCAAUAACUUUACUCUGCAUGACCGUUGGGUGGACACUAAAUUGCAUGGUGUGAGCACAGUACCCAAAAAGUGUGUAGAUAGCAGCACAUCUGAAGACGAUUUUGAAAUCAUUCCUGAUUUUGAAUUUUCUACCAAUGUUUCAGAGACAUUAGCCGACCAAGUUUCUGCCAUUAGGAGCACAAUGUUUGAAUCCGGAUUACAAGAGAGCGGUAAAAGAGUUGAAGUGGAUGCUGAGCAGUCCGUUUUGUUCAGGCUACAAACACUGUAUUACGUUGACAAACAUGGUAACAGAUUGCUGACUGAAGACUCCACUACACAACAUACCUCUCCAGUUUCCAGGGAAGACGUUGAGGUCCAAGAAGACGACUUUGUCAUGAUAGAUGGUGGUGUCUUAGCUUACCAGCCAAUGCAUAUUGAUGACCAAAUUCUUUGCGAAUCUGGGAAUGAAAAAGAACUAGAGCAAGACGACUUACAAGCAGACUUUGAUGAUCGAUUGGCAGACGAAUUAGCUGAGAAUAUAGUCAAUGAAGUCUUAGAUUCACAAGAACACCGAAGUCUUGUUCACAGUUGGCAGCAUUUAGGUGCCAGAGAAAUUGAAACAAUAAAUGAUAUAUCAUUCAAUACAGUCUCAAUGUUUGAAACAGAAGAUGUCAGUGCCACAAAAGAAGAAGUUACUCCAACAGACGACGUUACUGAAACAAAAGAAGUUAUAAUUCGAACAGAAGAUGUCAGUACCACAAAAGAAGAUAUAAUUCGAACAGAAGAUGUCAGUACCACAAAAGAAGAUAUAAUUCGAACAGAAGAUGUCAGUACCACAAAAGAAGAUAUAAUUCGAACAGAAGAUGUCAGUACCACAAAAGAAGAAAUUACUCCAACAAAAGAUGUCAAUGACACAAAAGAUGUAACUACAAUUGAAGAUGUUGCUGAAACAGAAGAUCUUACUGGAAGAAAAGAUGUCAUUUUAUCCGAAAAUGUUAUUGACUUAAAAGAUGUUACUCCAACAGAAGGUAUUACAGAACAAGAUAGCAUUGUCGCUACAGAAGCUGUCAGUGAAGCAGAACAAGAUAACAUUGUAGCUACAGACAAUGUCAGAGAUGCAGAGCAAAAUAUCAUUAUAGCUACAGAAGAUGUCAGUAAAGCAGAACAAGAUAGCCUUGUAGCUACAGAAGAUGUCAGUAAAGCAGAACAAGAUAGCAUUGUAGCUACAGAAGAUGUAAGUGAUGCAGAACAAGAUAGCAUUGUAGCUACAGAAGAUGUAAGUGAUGCAGAACAAGAUAGCAUUGUAGCUACAGAAGAUGUAAGUGAUGCAGAACUAGAUAGCGUUGUAGCAACUAAAGAUGUCAUUAAAGAAGAUAAAUACAUAGCUACAGAAGAUGUCAUUGAAACAGAACAAGAUGACGCUGUAGCUACAGAAGAUGUCAUUGUAGCAGAACAAGAUGAUGCUCUAGCUACAGAAGAUGUCAUUGAAGCAGAACAGGAUGACGAUGUAGCUACAGAAGAUGUCAUUGAAGCAGAACAAGAUGAUGUUCUAGCUACAGAAGAUAUUGAAGCAGAACAGGAUGACGCUCUAGCUACAGAAGAUGUCAUUGUAGCAAAACAGGAUGAUGCUCUAGCUACAGAAGAUGUCAUUGAAGCAGAACAAGAUGAUGCUCUAGCUACAGAAGAUGUCAUUGUAGCAGAACAAGAUGAUGCUCUAGCUACAGAAGAUGUCAUUGAAGCAGAACAGGAUGAUGCUCUAGCUACAAAGGAUGUCAUUGAAGCAGAACAAGAUUUUGCACUAGCUACAGAAGAUGUCAUUGAAGCAGAACAAGUUGAUGCUCUAGCUAUAGAAGAUGUCAUUAAAGCAGAACAAGAUGAUGUUCUAGCUACAGAAGAUGACAUUGAAUCAGAACAUGAUGAUGUUCUAGCUACAGAAGAUGACAUUGAAUCAGAACAAGAUGAUGAUGUAGCUACAGAAGAUGUCAUUGAAGCAGAACAAGAGGAUGUUCUAGCUACAGAAGAUGUCAUUCAAGCAGAACAAGUUGAUGCUCUAGCUACAGAAGAUGUCAUUGAAGCAGAACAAGAUGAUGUUCUAGCUACAGAAGAUAUCAUUGAAGCAGAACAAGAGAAUGUUCUAACUACAGAAGAUGUCAUUGAAGCAGAACAAGAUGAUGUUCUAGUUACAGAAGAUGUCAUUGAAGCAGAACAAGAGGAUGUUCUAGCUACAGAAGAUGUCAUUGAAGCAGAAAAAGAUAAUGCUCAAACUACAGAAGAUGUCAUUGAAGCAGAACAAGAUGAUGCUCUAGCUACAGAAGAUGUCAUUGUAGCAGAACAAGAUGAUGCUCUAGCUACAGAAGAUGUCAUUGAAGCAGAACAGGAUGAUGCUCUAGCUACAGAAGAUGUCAUUGAAGCAGAACAAGAUUUUGCACUAGCUACAGAAGAUGUCAUUGAAGCAGAACAAGUUGAUGCUCUAGCUACAGAAGAUGUCAUUGAAGCAGAACAAGAUGAUGUUCUAGCUACAGAAGAUGACAUUCAAUCAGAUCAUGAUGAUGUUCUAGCUACAGAAGAUGACAUUGAAUCAGAACAAGAUGAUGCUGUAGCUACAGAAGAUGUCAUAGAAGCAGAACAAGAUGAUGCUCUAACUACAGAAGAUGUCAUUGAAGCAGAACAAGAGGAUGUUCUAACUACAGAAGAUGUCAUUGAAACAGAACAAGAUGAUGCUCUAACUACAGAAGAUGUCAUUGAAGCAGAGCAAGAUGAUGCUCUAACUACAGAAGAUAUCAUUGAAGCAGAACAAGAGAAUGUUCUAACUACAGAAGAUGUCAUUGAAUCAGAACAAGAAGAUGCUCUAGCUUUAGAAGAUGUCAUUAAAACAGAACAAGAUUUUACUCUAGCUACAGAAGAUGUCAUUGAAGCAGAACAUGUUGUAGCUGUAGCUACAGAAGUUAUCUUUGAAGCAAAACAAGAUGAUGCUCUAACUACAGAAGAUGUCUUUGAAGCAAAACAAGAUGAUGCUCUAGCUACAGAAGAUGUCAUUGAAGCAGAACAAGAUGAUGCUCUAACUACAGAAGAUGUCAUUGAAGCAAAACAAGAGGAUGUUCUAACUACAGAAGAUGUCCUUAAAACAGAACAAGAUGAUGCUGUAGCUACAGAAGAUGUCAUUGAAGCAGAACAAGAUGAUGUUCUUGCUACAGAAGAUGUCAAUAAAGCAGAACAAGAUGAUGCUCUAGCUACAAAAGAUGUCCUUAAAACAGAACAAGAUGAUGCUGUAGCUACAGAAGAUGUCAUUGAAACAGAACAAGGUGAUGCUCUAGCUACAGAAGAUGUCAUUGAAGCAGAACAAGAUAGCAUUGUAGAUACAGACAAUAUCAGUGAUGCAGAGCAAAAUAUCAUUAUAGCUACUAAAGAUGUCAUUGAAGCAAAACAAGACAAUGCUCUAGCAACAGAAGAAGUCAUUGUAGCAGAACAAGAUGAUGUUCUAGCUACAGAAGAUGUCAGUGACUCAGAGGAAGAAAAUAUUAUAGCUACAGACAAUGUCGUUGAAGUAGAGAAAGAUAUCAUUGUAGCUACAGAAGAUGUCAGUGUAGCAGAACAAGAUGAAAUAGCAGCUGCAGCAGAUGUCAGUGAAGUAGAGCAAGAUAGCCUUGUAGCUACAGAAGAUGUCAUUAAAGCAAACCAAGACGUUGCUCUAGCUACUGAAGAUGUCAGUGAAGCAGAACAGGAUGAUGCUGUAGCUACAGAAGAUGUCAUUGAAACAGAACAAGAUGAUGCUCUAGCUACAGAAGAUGUCAUUGAAGCAGAACAAGAUGAUGCUGUAGCUACAGAAGAUGUCAUUGAAGCAGAACAAGAUGAUGCUCUAGCUAAACAAGAUGUCAUUGAAUCAGACCAUGAUGAUGUUCUAGCUACAGAAGAUGACAUUGAAUCAGAACAAGAUGAUGCUGUAGCUACAGAAGAUGUCAUUGAAGCAGAACAAGAUGAUGCUGUAGCUACAGAAGAUGUCAUUGAAGCAGAACAAGAUGAUGCUCUAGCUAAACAAGAUGUCAUUGAAUCAGACCAUGAUGAUGUUCUAGCUACAGAAGAUGACAUUGAAUCAGAACAAGAUGAUGCUGUAGCUACAGAAGAUGUCAUUGAAGCAGAACAAGAUUAUGUUCUUGCUACAGAAGAUGUCAAUAAAGCAGAACAAGAUGAUGCUCUAGCUACAAAAGAUGUCAUUGAAACAGAACAAGGUGAUGCUCUAGCUACAGAAGAUGUCAUUGAAGCAGAACAAGAUGAUGCUCUAACUACAGAAGAUAUCAUUGAAGCAGAACAAGAGAAUGUUCUAACUACAGAAGAUGUCAUAGAAGCAAAACAAGAUGAUGCUCUAACUACAGAAGAUGUCAUUGAAGCAGAACAAGAUGAUGUUCUAGUUACAGAAAAUGUCAUUGAAGCAGAACAAGAUGAUGUUCUAGCUACAGAAGAUGUCAUUGAAGCAGAAAAAGAUAAUGCUGUAACUACAGAAGAUGUCAUUGAAGCAAACCAAGACGUUGCUCUAGCUACUGAAGAUGUCAGUGAAGCAGAACAGGAUGAUGCUGUAGCUACAGAAGAUGUCAUUGAAACAGAACAAGAUGAUGCUCUAGUUACAGAAAAUGUCAUUGAAGCAGAACAAGAUGAUGUUCUAGCUACAGAAGAUGUCAUUGAAGCAGAAAAAGAUAAUGCUGUAACUACAGAAGAUGUCAUUGAAGCAAACCAAGACGUUGCUCUAGCUACUGAAGAUGUCAGUGAAGCAGAACAGGAUGAUGCUGUAGCUACAGAAGAUGUCAUUGAAACAGAACAAGAUGAUGCUCUAGCUACAGAAGAUGUCAAUGAAGCAAAACAAGAUGAUGCUCUAACUACAGAAGAUGUCUUUGAAGCAAAACAAGAUGAUGCUCUAGCUACAGAAGAUGUCAUUGAAGCAGACCAAGAUGAUGCUCUAACUACAGAAGAUGUCAUUGAAGCAGAAAAAGAUGAUUCUCUAACUACAGAAGAUGUCAUUGAAACAGAACAAAAUGAUGCUGUAGCUACAGAAGAUGUCACUGAAGCAGAACAAGAUAGCAUUGUAGAUACAGACAAUAUCAGUGAUGCAGAGCAAAAUAUCAUUAUAGCUACUAAAGAUGUCAUUGAAGCAAAACAAGACAAUGCUCUAGCAACAGAAGAAGUCAUUGUAGCAGAACAAGAUGAUGUUCUAGCUACAGAAGAUGUCAGUGACUCAGAGGAAGAAAAUAUUAUAGCUACAGACAAUGUCGUUGAAGUAGAGAAAGAUAUCAUUGUAGCUACAGAAGAUGUCAGUGUAGCAGAACAAGAUGAAAUAGCAGCUACAGCAGAUGUCAGUGAAGUAGAGCAAGAUAGCCUUGUAGCUACAGAAGAUGUCAUUGAAGCAAACCAAGACGUUGCUCUAGCUACUGAAGAUGUCAGUGAAGCAGAACAGGAUGAUGCUGUAGCUACAGAAGAUGUCAUUGAAACAGAACAAGAUGAUGCUCUAGCUACAGAAGAUGUCAUUAAAGCAGAACAAGAUGAUGCUGUAGCUACAGAAGAUGUCAUUAAAGCAGAACAAGAUGAUGCUCUAGCUAAACAAGAUGUCAUUGAAUCAGACCAUGAUGAUGUUCUAGCUACAGAAGAUGACAUUGAAUCAGAACAAGAUGAUGCUGUAGCUACAGAAGAUGUCAUUGAAGCAGAACAAGAUGAUGUUCUUGCUACAGAAGAUGUCAAUAAAGCAGAACAAGAUGAUGCUCUAGCUACAAAAGAUGUCCUUAAAACAGAACAAGAUGAUGCUGUAGCUACAGAAGAUGUCAUUGAAACAGAACAAGGUGAUGAUCUAGCUACAGAAGAUGUCAUUGAAGCAGAACAAGAUGAUGCUCUAACUACAGAAGAUAUCAUUGAAGCAGAACAAGAGAAUGUUUUAACUACAGAAGAUGUCAUAGAAGCAAAACAAGAUGAUGCUCUAACUACAGAAGAUGUCAUUGAAGCAGAACAAGAUGAUGUUCUAGUUACAGAAAAUGUCAUUGAAGCAGAACAAGAUGAUGUUCUAGCUACAGAAGAUGUCAUUGAAGCAGAAAAAGAUAAUGCUGUAACUACAGAAGAUGUCAUUGAAGCAAACCAAGACGUUGCUCUAGCUACUGAAGAUGUCAUUGAAGCAGAACAAGAUGAUGCUGUAGCUACAGAAGAUGUCAUUGAAGCAGAACAAGAUGAUGCUCUAGCUAAACAAGAUGUCAUUGAAUCAGACCAUGAUUAUGUUCUAGCUACAGAAGAUGACAUUGAAUCAGAACAAGAUGAUGCUGUAGCUACAGAAGAUGUCAUUGAAGCAGAACAAGAUGAUGUUCUUGCUACAGAAGAUGUCAAUAAAGCAGAACAAGAUGAUGCUCUAGCUACAAAAGAUGUCCUUAAAACAGAACAAGAUGAUGCUGUAGCUACAGAAGAUGUCAUUGAAACAGAACAAGGUGAUGCUCUAGCUACAGAAGAUGUCAUUGAAGCAGAACAAGAUGAUGCUCUAACUACAGAAAAUAUCAUUGAAGCAGAACAAGAGAAUGUUUUAACUACAGAAGAUGUCAUAGAAGCAAAACAAGAUGAUGCUCUAACUACAGAAGAUGUCAUUGAAGCAGAACAAGAUGAUGUUCUAGUUACAGAAAAUGUCAUUGAAGCAGAACAAGAUGAUGUUCUAGCUACAGAAGAUGUCAUUGAAGCAGAACAAGAGAAUGUUUUAACUACAGAAGAUGUCAUAGAAGCAAAACAAGAUGAUGCUCUAACUACAGAAGAUGUCAUUGAAGCAGAACAAGAUGAUGUUCUAGUUACAGAAAAUGUCAUUGAAGCAGAACAAGAUGAUGUUCUAGCUACAGAAGAUGUCAUUGAAGCAGAAAAAGAUAAUGCUGUAACUACAGAAGAUGUCAUUGAAGCAAAACAAGAGGAUGUUCUAACUACAGAAGAUGUCAUAGAAGCAAAACAAGAUGAUACUCUAACUACAGAAGAUGUAAUUGAAGCAGAACAAGAGGAUGUUCUAACUACAGAAGAUGUCAUUGAAGCAGAACACGAUGAUGUUCUAGUUACAGAAGAUGUCAUUGAAGCAGAACAAGAGGAUGUUCUAGCUACAGAAGAUGUCAUUGAAGCAAAACAAGAUGAUGCUGUAGCUACAGAAGAUGUCAUAGAAGCAAAACAAGAUGAUGCUCUAACUACAGAAGAUGUCAUUGAAGCAGAACAAGAUGAUGUUCUAGUUACAGAGGAUGUCAUUGUAGCAGAAGAAGAUGAUGCUGUAGCUACAGAAGAUGUCAUAGAAGGAAAACAAGUUGAUGCUCUAGCUGCAGAAGAUGUCAUUGAAGCAGAACAAGAUGAUGUUCUAGCUACAGAAGAUGACAUUGAAUCGGAACAUGAUGAUGUUCUAGCUACAGAAGAUGACAUUGAAUCAGAACAAGAUGAUGCUGUAGCUACAGAAGAUGUCAUUGAAGCAGAACAAGAGGAUGUUCUAGCUACAGAAGAUGUCAUUGAAGCAGAACAAAAUGAUGUUCUAACUACAGAAGAUGUCAUUGAAGCAGAACAAGAUGAUGCUCUUACUACAAAAGAUGUCAUUGAAUCAGAACAUGAUGAUGUUCUAGCUACAGAAGAUGACAUUAAAUCAGAACAAGAUGAUGUUCUAGCUACAGAAGAUGUCAUUGAAGCAGAAAACAUAGCUGCAGAAGGUGCCAUUGAAGCAGAACAGAAUGAUGCUCUUGCUACAGAAGAUGUCAUUGAAGCAGAACAAGAUUUUGCACUAGCUACAGAAGAUGUCAUUGAAGCACAACCGGAUAUAACUGUAGCUUCAGAAGAUGUCAUUGAAGCAAAACAAGAUGAUGCUCUAGCUACAGAAGAUGUCAUUGAAACAGGACAAGAUUAUGUUCUAGCUACAGAAGAUGUCAUUGAAGCAGAACAAGAUGAUGUUCUAGCUACAGAAGAUGUCAUGAAAGCAAAACAAGAGGAUGUUUUAGCUAUAGAAGAUGUCAUGAAAGCAAAACAAGAGGAUUUUUUCUCUACAGAAGAUGUCAUUGAAUCAGAACAAGAAGAUGCUCUAGCUUUAGAAGAUGUCAUUAAAACAGAACAAGAUUUUACUCUAGCUACAGAAGAUGUCAUUGAAGCAGAACAUGUUGUAGCUGUAGCUACAGAAGUUAUCUUUGAAGCAAAACAAGAUGAUGCUCUAACUACAGAAGAUGUCAUUGAAGCAGAACAAGAGGAUGUUCUAGCUACAGAAGAUGUCAUUGAAGCAAAACAAGAUGAUGCUCUAACUACAGAAGAUGUCAAUGAAGCAAAACAAGAUGAUGCUCUAACUACAGAAGAUGUCUUUGAAGCAAAACAAGAUGAUGCUCUAGCUACAGAAGAUGUCAUUGAAGCAGACCAAGAUGAUGCUCUAACUACAGAAGAUGUCAUUGAAGCAGAAAAAGAUGAUUCUCUAACUACAGAAGAUGUCAUUGAAACAGAACAAAAUGAUGCUGUAGCUACAGAAGAUGUCACUGAAGCAGAACAAGAUAGCAUUGUAGAUACAGACAAUAUCAGUGAUGCAGAGCAAAAUAUCAUUAUAGCUACUAAAGAUGUCAUUGAAGCAAAACAAGAUGAUGCUCUAACUACAGAAGAUGUCAUUGAAGCAGAACAAGAUGAUGUUCUAGCUACAGAAGAUGUCAUUGAAGCAGAAAAAGAUAAUGCUCUAACUACAGAAGAUGUCAUUGAAGCAAAACAAGAGGAUGUUCUAACUACAGAAGAUGUCCUUAAAACAGAACAAGAUGAUGCUGUAGCUACAGAAGAUGUCAUUGAAGCAGAACAAGAUGAUGCUCUAACUACAAAAGAUGUCAUUGAAGCAGAACAAGAGGAUGUUCUAACUACAGAAGAUGUCAUUGAAACAGAACAAGAUGAUGCUCUAACUACAGAAGAUGUCAUUGAAGCAGAACAAGAUGAUGCUCUAACUACAGAAGAUAUCAUUGAAGCAGAACAAGAGAAUGUUCUAACUACAGAAGAUGUCAUAGAAGCAAAACAAGAUGAUGCUCUAACUACAGAAGAUGUCAUUGAAGCAGAACACGAUGAUGUUCUAGUUACAGAAGAUGUCAUUGAAGCAGAACAAGAGGAUGUUCUAGCUACAGAAGAUGUCAUUGAAGCAAAACAAGAUUAUGUUGUAGCUACAGAAGAUGUCAUAGAAGCAAAACAAGAUGAUGCUCUAACUAGAGAAGAUGUCAUUGAAGCAGAACAAGAUGAUGUUCUAGUUACAGAAGAUGUCAUUGAAGCAGAACAAGAGGAUGUUCUAGCUAGAGAAGAUGUCAUUGAAGCAGAAGAAGAUGAUGUUGUAGCUACAGAAGAUGUCAUAGAAGCAAAACAAGAUGAUGCUCUAACUACAGAAGAUAUCAUUGAAGCAGAACAAGAUGAUGUUCUAGUUACAGAAGAUGUCAUUGAAGCAGAACAAGAUGAUGCUCUAGCUACAGAAGAUGACAUUGAAGCAGAACAAGAUGAUGUUCUAGUUACAGAAGAUGACAUUGCAGAACAAGAUCAAAUUUUGGCUCCAGUAGAUGUCAGUGAAGCAGAGCAAGAUAGCAUUGUAGCUACAGAAGAUGUCAUUGACAUUGAUGUUACUGAUAUAGACGAUGUCACUGAAACAAAAGAAGAUGUCAGUGACCCAAUAGAAGAAAUCACUCCAACAAAAGAUGUCCAUAACACAAAAGAUGUUACUACAAUUGAAGGUGUUACUGAAACAGAAGAUGUUACUGUAAGAAAAGAUGUUAUUUCCUCCGAAAAUGCUAGUAACUUAAAAGAAGAUACUUCAACAGAAAAUUUUACAGAACAUGAUAUCAUUCUAGCUACAGAAGCUGUUAUUCAAGAAGAUCAAGACAGUAUUCUAGCUACAGAAUAUGUCAGUGAUGCAGAGCAAGAUAACAUGUUAGCUACAGAGGAUGUCAAUGAAGCAGAACAGGAUAGCAUGGUAGCUACAGAAGAAGUCAUGGAAGCAGAGCAAGAUAGUGUUGUAGCUACAAAAGAUGUUAUUGAAGUAGAACAGGGUAGCGUUGAAGCCACAGACAAAGAAACUGAAAAAUAUGACCAUGCAGCUAAAGAAGUUGUAAGUGAAGCAGAGCAACAUAGCAAUGUUGCCACAGACAAUAUCAUUGAAAUAGAAAAAGAUAGCAUAGUAGCUACAGAAAAUGUCAUUGAAACAGAACAGGAAGCUGCUAAUGAAGCAGAACAAGAUAGCAAUGUAGCUAUAGAAGCUGUCAUGGAAGAAGAGCAAGAUAGCAUUGUAGCUAGAGAAGAUGUCAUAGAAACAGAACAGGAAGCUGCUAGUGAAAGAGAGCACGAUAGUAUUGUAGCUGCCAAUGAUCUUAUUGAAGAAGAUCAAGAUAGCGUUGCAACUACGGAAACUUUCAGUGAAGCUGAACAAGAUAACAUCGUACAGAUAGACGAUGUCAGUGAAACAGAGCAAGAAAACAUUGUAGCUACAAAAGAUAUCAUUGAAGCAGAGCAAGAUAGUGUUGUAGCAACACUGGACAGUGAUGAAGAAACGGACAAUAUUGUAACAGCAGAUGUUAGUGAAACAGAGGAUGAUAAAAUUCUAGACACAGAAGAUGUCAGUGAAACAGAGGAUGAUAACAUUGUAGACACAGAAGAUGUCAGUGAAACAGAGGAUGAUAAAAUUCUAGACACAGAAGAUGUAACUGAGGUUUCAUUUGAAGAUAUUGAAAUGAAAGAUAACUAUGCAGAAAAUAUGUGCGUAAGUAUUACAAAAGAUGAUGUGCACAGAUCUUCUCAAGACAAUGACGAAUACUUGCCAGAGGUCCAUUCACAAGAAAUUAAAACUGGUUCUUUCACAGACACUAUUCCACAGGAAGAAUCUACACCUGUAGCAGUGAAAAGCAAAACUAAAAAUGAAACUUGCCCUGAUGAAGUUGAUGACGACGUAUCAGAUGAUGAAGAUGAUGAUGAAGAUGAAGAUGAAUUUCACUUUGAAGAAAGUGAAGACGUAGAAGAUAUUCUAGAUUUCCAAAACCCUCAGUAUCGCGAGCGUCUAACGAACGAAGUUGCCUCGGCAAUCUCAAAAGAAAUAGUUUUAAUGGCUGAAGUGGAAGUGGCCAUGGAAGAUCUGACAAGUCCUAAAGACUCACCGCUAAGCCCCAUGGAGGAGAGCUUGUGUUAUGAAUCAUUUGCUAAAUAUGAUAACGGUGAAACUGGUCAAGCUAAAGAGAACCCUAAGACAUGCGAAAACAUUGCUGACGCCCACACAGAAAAUCUUGGGAAAGAAACAAAAUCUAUGAUCGCUUGUGACUUGAAUUUAUUAAAAAGUCAAGCACAAGAAAUCCAGACAGAAACAUAUACUGAUGAUUAUAGGACGAAGCUAAAUGAAGAUCUGAAUUAUGAUGAGCAGGAAAUUAUCCAAGACAAGCAAAUCACUACUGAACAACUUCCAAAUAUCAAUGAAGACUUGCAGUAUGCUAUGGAGGAGUUCAACCGAGAUUUGUCAUACUAUAAAAACCAAGAAACAAAAGAAAUAAGACAAUCGCCUAAGCGAAUACCUUCCCUAUAUGAAAGAUCAAUGUCAGGUCAGUUAUCUCGAACCAUGAGCGACGAUCCUUGCAAAUGGAAGUCUUCCUUUGAUCCCGAAGAAGAUCUUAUCAUCGAUGAUGUCAUUCUACAAUUUAAAUCUGAAGAGGCCGAAGAGAUUGGUUUAUCAAAAGACGCAAAGCUUCGUGGGUCCGUUGUUGUCAAUGCUGAAUGCCGAGAGAUGGAUGAAGAAACUAACGACUAUGAAGAGUCGUGCGCAUCAUCCAACGAAUUUCAAGAAUCGGGCCAACCUCUUUCUGAAUCUAAAAAGUCAGACGAAACUUCGGUUGGGUCACAGGAAUCAUUAGACUUGUCCCAUAGAUCUCGAGAGCUAACAGGGGUUUCCGAUGACUUCAUGGGUCAUUUCAAAGACUCCGUGCUCAUUCAACAAUGUCAAGAUAUAAUCAUAUGUGUUGAUGAAGCCACAGAUGACAUAGAGCAGAUACCCCAGAUGGAAUCAGGUAUAACAAAUAAUCCCGUAGACGAUGUCUCUCUGGGAACUUUAAUUGACCAACCACCUCAACAGAAAAGGUCUAGGUCCAAGAGAAGACGUUUACAGCGAAAGAGAAGGAAGAUGGCCGCGGAGGAGGCGGAAAGUGACCUAACCAAUGACCAAACGUCUGACGCGCAAGAGGCUAAGUCCGAAGUGGACAGCGCCAAUAUAAGCAUCCCGUCCACACCUAAACUUGAGAAGAAGAAGAAAAAGACGAAGAAACUGACAAGACACCAAAUGUCACAAAGCACAGACUCAGAAGCGGGCGUCAUCGAUCCAGACGACGAGAUCGUACAAGAUGCCAGAGAAAGCUACAAGCGUGAAGUAGCAUCGGGCGAGAGGGUCUACUCGGACGCAGACAGCGAGAGUGAAAUACUUGUUUCAGCCCAGUCGCCCACCCACUUGGACAAUGAACCAACAAGACAGACUAGACAAACUCCAGUUGUUCUCCAAUUCCCAGAUGAAGAGCUAACCAGUGGAACCCAGAUUACAGUCGAACAAGACGACCAGAGCGACUCCGCGGAAAUGGAAGAAACUCAAUCGUCAAGGGCGGACAGCCGGCGCAAAGAUUCAGAUCACAAGAAAAGCUCAGAAGCUGGCCCAGAUCAUGGGCAACUUCUUGCUCCAGGCGCACAGAAAGGUCGCGCUCGAUCAAGAUCCCCCGCACCUCCAAGUUUGAGACGUAUUACUGGACAGCCGCGUCGACGCCCUCGCAAGAAUAUAGUGGUUGUUCCAAACCCUCACCCAUUUUGAAACUCGACUGAAGGAGAAACACUCACCAAUCUUGUCAAGACACUCCAUACAAGCCUCAUUUUGUCAGGGGAAUUUGUAGACAGUGCAUGAAAUAUUAGUAUCACAGUCCUGUCAAAGCUUGUAUAACAAAUACUAAGCAUUUAAAAAAAAAGACUAAACCGAGAGACGUAGAAACGAAUAGGAAAAAUUGCCACUGAAAUGCUAUUUAUCUAAAAUAUAGAGUUUGCAUUAAUAAAUAUAUAUAUAGCACGUCAUUAAUGUAGAAAUAAUGCACGUAUAGUGAUUGUACCUAAAUGCAUAUACUUUUUUUUUCUAAAUAGCAAAGGCUAUAAGCAUAAACUUUUAUAGAAAACAAGCCUUAUUAUAGAUAUUAUAUAUAUUUUUUUAAAAGUUGUUAUGAAAUAAUCAGAAUAUUUAACUUUUGUAAACAGAAUUUGUUGCUUAUUUUUAUUAUCCAAAUUGUCAUUUUGAUUUUAUUUCAUUGGUUUUCUGUAGUCACUGUCCAUACUAAGAUACUUGUGAAGUAGUUUUCUAUUAUGGCUCUAGGGGGAAAAGGAAAGUCCAUGUAUCAUUGAACAAUAGAGUGCGAUUUAUUUUGCUCAUUUUAAACAAAACAACUAGUGUCCACCUCGAUUAUUGUAUCCACCAGAGCAACCCCCAAAUCUUACAACUUAAGUUUGCUGUGGUAUUUUUGUGUAAACUGGUAAGACUAUCAUGCGCCAAUCAUUGUGUUUAUACUUCAGCCGCCAUAUUUUUUGAGUAGUUUAGUGUAUGUCAUGAUCGCCAUAGAUCUAGCAACAACAACAAAAAAUGUGUAUGUAUUUGUUAAUGUACUGUACAACACUCGCGUGUUAACUCAUUUCUUUUACACAAACACCAAACAAAACCUUCAAUGUGUGUUUAAACCAAGCCUGUUGUUUAAAAUAUACCCAGUCGUUCAAUGACCACACAGUAUUUCCUUUGUUUCCUAUUCCUUGUAAUAUACUUAAGAGUCUUAUUUAUAAAACAAUUUGUGUUUUUUGUUUGUAUUUCAUAAAUAUUUACAAUGCAAAGAAACUGAACCUAACAAAUAAAUCCUAUUUAUUAUCAAACCUAUUGGGAACUCGCCUUACGACGUAUGGUGCCAUGUAUAUACAUAUUCAGCUAGUUAUUACGUCAAGACUGCUGGGGAUCCAUUGUUGUGGGGCUUGAAUUGAGACAAAUUAACCUAUUUAUUUCGCCACGUACAAUUGGUGUCGAAAAAAAAUCAAUCAACAAGUCACUAUUAUUGUACACUGGUAAAUUAUUAUCUUUUAUAAUGUUUGAGCUUGUUCAGUUAUUUAUUUAAAACCAAGCUUUCUAUUGUCUCUACAUAGAACUAUGUUUAUGUUCCUGUCUAUAAUAUUGCAAUUUGUUAUAAUGAAGUAUAAGAUGCAUCCAUUUCAAAAGAAACACUUCUAUACAAGUAUACAAUACGUCUUUCAGAUCCUGUCUAUGACACCAAAUCCACCUUACAAACUAUUUAUUCACUAUGUUGCUAUGUAAAAUCAUACUUCAUGUUUAGACUUUUUUUUUUUGACUUUGUAAUGUUAUAACAUACACACUGAGAAAUAAAAUUUACUGCUAAAUAAAA